CCGCCUCAGUCCAUCGCCGACUGCCGCCCCGACAUUUCCAAACGUAUCGCGGUAACCGUUAACGUAAACGGCAAAAAACUUCCGAACACCGAAGUGAAGUGAAUUGAAAAGUUUGGAUUUUCCAGUGCAGUGCCAGUGUGGUGUUUUGUUGUUAGUUACCGCGAUGCAGAUAUCGGCGUGACACCGGGUUGACAAGAUUCAAUCCGCGAGAUGUCGCAACCGCCGCCGGGACACGGACGCGCGCGGCCCCCGGGCCCUCCGUCCCCCCUCCACUACCGCCCCCCCUCACCAUGGGCCCCAAGCCCACCCCCACUUAUCUCUGGCCCUCGGCAUUCCACAGCCCUGGUGUCACCACCACCAGUACAGCCGUCACCUAAACCAUUCAGGCCAUUGCAUUCUCCUUUCCGGCCGCACUCUCCAUCUCCGAGCUCACAUUUCUCUAUCUCGCCCUAUCCCAUGUCUCCUACGUUGGGGCAGAGUCCGGAGUAUUAUUACUCGUCUCCGUACGAGCCAGUUCGGGAGUACGAUUACGCGGGAGUCCCGCUGGAGCCGCCUCCGCCCCCAAGGCCGAUGAUAUACGAGGAGGAGGAAGAAAGAGGGCCAUCCACGGCAGAGAUCAUUGCCAGCCAGUCACAGGAAGGCUACGUUGAUGAGAAGCUAGCAGAGUAUCAGCUCACAAUUCAGUUAUUACAAGAUGAACAGGAAAGAGUACAGAAGAAAACAUUCGUUAAUUGGAUCAAUUCACAUUUGUCGAAGCGCAUACCGCCACUGCGCAUCGACGAUUUGAUACAUGACCUGCGCGAUGGUACCAAACUGUUGGCGCUGCUCGAAGUGCUGUCUGGGGAGAAACUGCCAAUGGAACGCGGUCGCGUUCUACGCCGCCCGCACUUUUUGUCAAAUGCCAACACUGCGUUGAGGUUCCUUGCGGGAAAACGAAUCAAGCUUGUGAACAUCAACGCAGCGGACCUCGUGGACGGCCGACCUGCCGUCGUUCUUGGUCUAAUAUGGACCAUCAUCCUCUACUUCCAGAUCGAGGAGAACAGCCGAGCGCUGGAGUACUUGGGCGGGUCGCGGUGCGCGUCCGUCAUGUCGCAGGAGUCCGGGGCCGCCACCCCGACGCACCGCGCCGAAGACCGCUGGAAGCAGGGCGCCAAGAAAACGCUGCUGCAGUGGGUCGCCAACGCCCUGCCCAAGGAUUCCAACAUUCAUGUAUCAGACUUUGGUCCCUCUUGGCGUGAUGGUGUGGCUUUCCUUGCCAUUAUCGACGCAAUCAAAGCCAACCUGAUCAAUCUCGCUGAGAUGAAGAGGAAGACGAAUAGACAGCGCUUGGAACAUGCCUUCGACGUAGCUGAGAACGAACUGGGCAUCGCCAGGCUUCUGGAUGCAGAAGAUGUGGACGUGGAGAAGCCAGAUGAGAGAUCCAUUAUGACUUAUGUGGCACAGUUUUUGCACAAAUAUCCUGAACCCAAGACAACUGGACCGGACGCUGUAGCGGCAGUACAGGAGGAAUACGAAUCUCUUAGAAUGUGGUUGACGGAACGCGUCACCAUCAUUCAAAGGCAAUACGACACGCGAACUCUCUCGCGAAACUACGAGGACUACGUCCGCGCCGAAAACGACAGGCUCGCCCGAGAACCUGUCUACCACAAACUCGAAAAACUCAUGUACACACAAAGCUUAGUAGCCAUCGCGCCCAAGUCGUGGCGAGAACUAGUUUCCCUGUGGACAGAACUCGAAAGACUGCACAGAAGAUGGCUCUGGCUUUUGGACUCCGACUUACCCGGGGAUUUCAGAAUGGUCGGUGAAUGGCUGGCCAGAGCUGAAUAUCUUUUAUACUUUGACGAAAUACCUACAAGCCUUGAUGAAAGAACGGCAGCUAUCAUCAGCGAGAAACUAGAGGAACAUAGCUCGUUUUUCGCCAGUCUUCCUGAAGUUGUUGAUAGGUUUGAAGCGGCGUUAAGAUCCCCUGACGCUUCAAGAAUUCCCGGGGAGAGGCUACAAGAAAUGAAAGAGCGUUUAGAGACUGUGAGUCGAAGAGCCCCACAGAGAAAAGCUAGAUUAAAAUAUUUAGAACACAAAUGCUGCAUAGUAGCUUUCACAGAACUGACCAAGGCUAAACUAGCCACGUGGACCGGUAAAUACGGCCUCAUUGAUCACGUUCGUGCCUUAUUAGAUGAUUAUGAUAAUUUUGUGACAAAGAAUAAGAUUUUCCAAGAGUUUGAUAGAGCGUAUGUUGAUAUAAAAGAAGUAGCGGAAGAGUACAAGAGAGUGUGUCAAGUAGAUAGGACUGAAGCUAAAGAGAUUGAUGCGUUUUUGAGAGAAAUAUCAGAAACGUGGCGAAGGGUGGCCUCGGACGUGAGGUGCGCCCGAAGCGUACUCGAAGAAGUGAUAGCUCAUUGGGAUAGGUGGAAUACUUUGGCUGACGACUUUACAACUUGGUUGGACAAGGCACAGCAUAUGCUGCGCGUCUCUGAAGACGAAAGAUUGGAAUUCUUCCACGAUCUUACCGUGUGGAAGGAGAAGCACCAACUGCUCGGUGACGCUGCCGGAUUCCUGGCAGCGACGUCAUCUGAUGACAUCGCGUCUGAAGUCAAGCGGAAAUACAUCGAAAUCACCGAACGAUGGGAGCGAGUAUGGGAAGAAGCAGAGAGGUACGUCCGCGGCGGCGACGCCCUGCGGCACCGGCGCGAGCUGGCGGCGGGCGCGGCCGCGCUGGACGCGUGGCUGCACGCCGCCGACUCGCUGCUGGCGCGCCAACCUCGCGCCGCCACGCACGACAUCCAGGCCUACAUCGACCAGCUGCUGCAGCUCAACGGCGAGAUUGAACAGCACGAGGAACUCUUUAAGACCAUAAGCAGGACCUUCCAAAACGCAAUCGCUGAGCUACCCCGCGACGAGGUAGAAGCGAACAUGGCGAAACUAAAACAGCAGAAGGAAGCGUUAGUGCGAGUGCGCGCCACCGUGCCAGUCAAGUUGCACCAGUACCGGCAGCUACUUGUCCAGCACGAGUCACUCGAGAGUGGCCAGAGGGAGAUCGGUCAGUGGCUGGACAAAGCGGAGGAGGCGCUGGCCACGACGCACCAGACUAGACGUGAAAUCAUAGAGGAGCAGUACGAGAUCCACCGCUCCUUCUUCUCACGGACAACGUACUAUCGCUCCAUGCUCGAGAGCAAGAACAAGGUCUUUCAGAACAUCGUGAAGUCGGCUGACGUGGACCGCAGCGCUGACGUCACGGAGCAAGUGCGCCUCAUGCGGGACCUCAAUGACAGAUUUGCGCACGUGUCUUCGGAAGCAACACGCCGCGAGGCCGAUCUGCAGCGACUCGCUCGCGCUUGGGAAGAGUUUGAGAUCAAGAAGCGUUCCGUGGAGGAAUGGGCGUCCCGCGCGGAGGCCCUGUUGGCCGACAACCGAGUUGACUCCAAGCAGGCCGUGGACUUCCACAAGAGGUUCUUCCAGGGAGCCGACGAGAGGGCCGUAUCUGAACUCGUCCGCUCGGGGCGGGAGCUUAUUGAGUUGGUCAGCGAAGAAGAGCGGCCACAAGUAGUCGGCACAGUGGAGACAUUGCAGCGGCGCUGGCGAGAGCUGCUGGCGCGCGCGCCGCCGCACCUCAUGCGCCUCGAGUUCCGCCUCGACGAGGCCGUGUUCGCGCACUGCAUCAAGGACAUCGAGAAGGAGAUCGUCUACGAGGAACAGGCAUACAACCAAAGCGACGAUGCAGAUGGCAUUCUCAUCAGAAACGAGGAAUACUUCCGCAACCAAGGCAAGGUGAUGCAGGUGGAACAUUGCCUCCAGAACCUGAAAAAGAUUGCCACUAGUUACACCCAGCAGACGAAUGAUACAUCCCUUGAAGAAGCGUUGAGGAGGUGUGAACAGCAAUGGGAGAGCACCGUCCACAGAGUGGAGCACUUCCGGCAGCAGCUACAGAGGAUCCCGGCCAAGUGGGACGCCUACAGGGAGAAGUUCCGUGAGAUGGAAAGAUGGAUGGACCACGUAGACAAGACUAUGGAUAGCAUUGUCAGAGAAGUUGACUCCGCUGAAGCGUUUGAACGAGAGAAGACUAUAUUCCAGAACAUUUGCCGUGAAGCAGACAGGAAGCGUGAAGACAUGAAGUGGCUUGUUCAGACACUGGAUAUGCUGACUAACCAUUGCUCUGAGCUCGAGGCUCAGGAAGAACAAGUCAAACUUGAAAACCUCAUCGCACGAUACAAAAAUCUCAUCCCAACAAUCGAGAUCACAAUGAUUAAGACUGAGACCUACACGAGAUGUUACACUUAUCGCCGUGAGGUUCAUGAAGUGAUCUGUAUUCUUGAAAGCGCGAAAAAACAAGCCAUGAUAGAACCAGAACCACAAUCCUUGCAACACGUGGAACAGUUGGUUAUGGAACAACAAUCGGCUGUACAGAAGCUCGACCGCCAGCGACCUUCUGUCAUGUCGAUGCUGCAGCGUGGCAAGGAAUUGAUCAAGGACGCGAAUGCACCUGCUUUUGUAAGAGAAGACGUAAGAAAUCUCGAGACCGGUUGGAACGCUGCUUACGAGACAUCCAAUGACCGCCUCCAUAAACUGCGCGAUACGCAGAAGGUGUGGUCCAACUACGAGUAUCAGAAGGAAGAAUUACUGUCUGAUAUUGAUAAGAUAGAAAAUUAUGUCGCUCACCCUGGUUUGGAAUUAGGCGUUACAAACAUUGCCCGUGAGCUUCAAGAAACAAAGACAUUUAAUGCUGAUAUAGAAAGAGCCAAAUCUGAAAAGCUGCCGCAGUUGCAGCAUGCUUACGCUCAAUUGCAGUCGCUGACUGCUAACAAACCCAAGCCUGUCAUUGAGAAAGACCUCAAAGCAAUUGGAAUGAAACUGGACAGAGUGCAAGAUGAAGUUCAAACUAAAGUCGUACAUUUAGAGAAGUUCAACGAAGAAUGGGUAAAGAUAGAACAUAAAUUAGAUCAUGUUCGUGAAUGGAUAAAGAAAGAAAGCCCAGUGCUAAUUUCUCAUAUUCGAUCUGAAAACAUUACUCCUGAAGAACGAGUUUUAAAAUCACAAGCAUUGCAGAAAGUAAUUGCUGAAAAACUUGACAUUAUUAAGGAGAUCGCAGACCAAGGAACUAAACUAGCCGUAGAACACAAAGUCCAGGACGCAAACAGGCUAAAAGGGGAAGUUGCCUUGUUAGAGAAAAUGAUGGCUGAUCUUCAGCGUUCAACAGAACAUCAAACCAAAGUUGUAGAACAUGAUUUAGCAAGCUGGCAAAAGUAUCAAAAAGGAGUAGUUGAAAUUAAACCUUGGAUUGAAGAAGCUGAAGCUAAACUAGGCAGUGUACCUAAACCUUCAACGCUAGCUGAGGCGCAGCAAAUGCAACAACAGUCUAAGGCAUUGCUAACUGAUUGUGACAAACAGUUGAUGAACCUUCAGAUUCUUUCAAGCGUGAGCCAUCAAUUGUCUGGCAAAACAAGUGCUCCGGACGAAGUCGACGCUAUUCACUCAAGAUGGGCAGUAAUUCACGACCAAGCAGAUCAAUGGAACAACAAAUUAGACAAAUUAGUCACUAACUGGGAGAAUUUUGAACGUGAGGCACAGAAAUUAGAAGCAUGGAUAGAAAAUGGAGAAAAACUCAUAAGUAGCCGCAGUGUUACUAUCGAUUCUCCACAAGUUGAAAAACUAGACAGUGAAUUGAACAAACUAAAGUCGUUUGGCAAUGAAAUUUCGCAACAGCAAGCUAAAAUUAUUAGCUUGUCUCAGACUUGUGACAAUAUAUGUCAUAGCAUACAACCCGAAGGAGCUACUUUGUUAAAAAAUAAUGUAGCGAGUAUUAAACAACGCACAAAUGAUUUGGCCGAAACAGUUCGAGGUCGAGUUAAUGAGCUAUCGGAUAAAAUAAUUGUCCGUCAGGAAUUUAUGACCAAAUUGCAUACAUUUGAUAAUUGGAUUACUGAUUUUAGGAGAAAGACUGAAAGCUAUGAUCAAAUAGCUGCGGACAAAGUAGAACCUGCACUGCAAUCUAUGCAUGUCCUGCUCCAAGAACAUGCAGCAAAAGCUCCAGAAUUUACGGACAUUUACAACGAAAUCAAGAAUAUGACGCUCUCAUCACAUCCUGGUGAAUCACGUGCUUUGAGCGAAACCUACUCUAGCAUCGCAGAGCAUUACCAAAUUAUUGAAAACAAUAUUCAACAAAACAAGGGCGUAUUACAGAAAUGGUCAGACCUCUUGAACUGGUACGAAGACAAUAAGCAACAACUAGGGCAUAUUCAGUACCAAAUAGACGGUCCAAAACUCACACCUGAGAGCUACGAAAUAUUACGCCAAGAACUAGUCAACGUGAUAACUAAGAUACCUGAAUGGAAGAGCAGCGUAGCUCUAUUAGACGGACCUUCACGUGUCAAGGUUACAGACCAAAAUUCAGGUAGAAUGAUAUCACCAACGAGUCUUGUUAAGGAAAUUGAAAUGAAAGCGGAUGCUCUGCUCAACCAGGUAACGACGAGGAGAGAUCUGGUUCAAAAGGUAGGAGCUAGGUGGGACAAAUUCAAUGUACAACAUAACGCGUUAUCAGAAGUAUUACACAACGUCCAAUCUGUCUUGAAUGAAAUGGCUCAAAAACUUGUACCUCUGACUGAAGCAUCAAUUCAAGAUAUGACUGAAGAACUUGACAAGUUAGAUGCAGAACUUAGGGAUAAACAGUCGGUACGAAAAGAACUAAGAGAAGAAGGCCUACAUUUGAUGAGGGAAGAUCAACCAAAUAUGGGCACUAUUCAAAAUGCCUUGGCGGCAGCUGAUAAUAACUGGGACCAGAUUGUAAAUUCAGUGCGCGACACAAAAAACAAAUAUAUACUUCUUUCAUCUACCUUACAGGAGUUGAAAAACUUUACUGUCGCUUUUGACCGGGAAAUGACAAGAGCAGAUCAACUUUACAGUGAAAGCAAAGAUGCUCCUCAUGAUUACGUGCAAACAGCGCAUGCUUUAGACAAAGCUAAAAAAGCUUAUGAAAUUCUUAAGCGGUCCAAAGGAUUGUUGGAUCAAAUGGACCUCAUUAAGCAGUCAAUCCUUAAACAAGCUUCUACUUUAGGUGGUUUUGAUACUAGUCCUUUAGAAGAGGCUUUCUUAAACUCUCAAACUCAAUGGGAGAAAGCGAAUGACGCUAUCAUUAAGCGCAUCCAAGACUUAGAGUCUCAACUCAUUGUAUGGAGGCAAAUUGACGAUACGAAGAACCAAGUUGUUACUUGGUUAAGUGAAACUGGUCAGAAUUUAGCUAAUGCUAGUGAUAACUUAGAAAUAAGGUUCGGACACAACCAUUUGAGCAAGUACAAAGAGGAACUUCCGAUAUAUGCUGGCUUGAAAAACAGCAUUAAAGCCAAAUGUGAACAGAUAACCAAUCUCAAUAAAAACAUUCCUGUCAGCCAAGUUGCAUCAAUAGUUGAGUAUUUGGAUAAUGAGUUUGAAGCUUUACAAUCAUUAGCUGAUAACCUCGAAACUGCGGUGUCAUCCUUAGAAACUAAAGAAAAUAAAUUAAAAGAUAACAUUAAGCGAUUGUCAGACAGCGUGAGUAAAAUAAGAGAUGACAUCAUUCAAUGCGAUGAUAUGACAGGCGAUAAUGCUAAGAUUUUGGAUCGUCUUAAGAAGUGUCAGUCAUGCAAAGCUAAAUUACAAGAGUUAAGCGAUGAGAUUGAUAAUGUAGCACAAAACGUCUCAGAAAUAAACGCAAAUUAUCCUGGGUUCUACGAAUCUCUAGUUCCUAAAGAAUUAAGCGGACUACAAAAACGAUUUGAAAGCGUAGUAGUGCAUGCUAACAAAACUGAAACAACGCUUCUAACGUUUUUGCAAAAGCUCUUUACUGACAAGCUGAGUAUGUUCAAUAGAAAUCUGAAAAUCUUAGAUGAUAAAACUAGAUGGUGUAUGCCCGAUGCUGCAAGUGAUAAAUACAAUCUAGAAGUUAAAAACGCAGCACUGGCUGAUGUUGAAAACGGACUAGUUGAAUGUGUCGCGAAGGUUAAAGAAUUAAAAGAAGCCUGUGACAUAUUACACGUUGUUGCCGAACCAGCUUGCGCUCAAGAAGCCGCUCAGCAAACAGAAAAAGCGAGAAAGAAUCUAGAUGUGCUGACGUCAAACUACGAACAAAUUAAGAGCAAACUAAAAGAGAAUAUUGGAACUUGGCAAGAUUAUGAAACGUUAUUGGAAAACGUUUCAGAAUGGCUUAAAGAAAAAGAAAAUAGAGUAAGACAAGAAGCAACUAAUCUGCUUACUCUAGAUGAAAUAGACAGCAAAAUAACUGAUAUUACAGCAUUAAAUAAAGAAAUUAAAGACUAUGGUGAACAAGUCGACAAACUAACGGGUAUAGGUGAAAAUAUCAUAGCUCAAAAUACAGACUUACGUGUUUUGCAAUAUAUAAAUCAUUUAGUUACCAGGUAUCAAACUGUUUCUAAAUUUAUGGACAACCACCUUGCCAGGCUGAAAGAUUUGAUAGAAAACAAAGGUAAAUACAAUAAGUCAAUAGCUGAAUUUAAAAAUUGGCUUCAAGUUGCAAUUGCAAAGAUUAAGGACUUAUCAGCUAUGAGCAAACACGCUAAACCGACUCCGACCGAUCUAGAACAAGUAAAAAAAUUAAACGACAACAAAGAAAUUGGCCAAAAACUUUUGAAUAAUGCUAUUGAAUCUGGGGAAGCAUUAUUUAGCGGUAUAACACCUGAGGAUCGGGAAGCAGUUAGGAAUGAACUCAGAUCCUUAAGAGACUACUUUGAAGAUUCGGUCGAUUCUCUUAAUAACGUCAUUAAAGAUAUUGAGACUACAAUCAACAAACGUUCUUCAUUCGAUGAUACUUUCAACCAAGUUCAAAAAUGGAUUGGUGAUAAAGAAAAGGGGCUAGGUGAGUUCAAACUGGGAGCUACCUUACCUGAAAAGAAGUCUCAGCUACAUGCCAAUAAAAUUUUACAUCAAGAGGUAGAGUUACAUCAGUCAAUGCUGACCCAACUGACAGAAAAGAUAAAACUUAUGCCUGAUGAUGAAGCCGAAAAAAGUUUAUCUAAGACCAUUGACAGGUACCAAAACAUGGCUAAAGAGCUUCAAAAUCGAAUUAACAUCUCUGAAUCACAUGUCGCAGAACACGAAAAAUAUGUCCAAAUGUUUGAAGACACCCGUGAUCGCCUUAAUCAUAUAGUAGCUGAAAACAGCAUGCUAAACUAUGGCGUGGUUUCGCAAAAAGAUGACGUCGAUUCGAAAAUCGCUGCUAUAGAAAAGGUUACAUCCAAAGCACAACAUAUUGAAAAUGAUUUAGAUGGCUUAAAAUCUCAUUUAACUUCCCUUUUAAAGUCUACAAGUUCAAAUGGACAUCCAAUUCUCAUAAGCGAAUACGAACAGCUUAGUGCGACAUGGAAUCAGUUUUCUUCUCAAUGCAAAGCCCAAGAUGAAAAACUCAAAGAAACAUUAAAACAAUGGAAUGAAAGUCAAAAAACCUUAGACGAACUAGAAGAAUGGCUUAAAAUCAAAGAAAAUCAACUGAGAGAUCAAAGCUUAAAGAGUACUCUAGAAGCUAAGAUUGCUCAUUUACAAAAGGUUAAAGAAAUGCUGACUGAGUUAGCUUCACGAAGUGGGGAAUUUUCCGCUUUGGCAAGGUCUAGCAGCACACAAAAUGUUGCCAGCGAAACUGACAUUUCAACAAAAACAUCAAAACUGGCUACAAGAUUCCAUACUCUAAACAAUCUUGUUAGUGAAACUAUAUCUAAGUACGAGGUGUUUGUGUCUGAGCAUAAAGAAUUCGAAAAUGAUUACAAUGAUAUGGAAAGCUGGCUAAUGGGUAUGCUUGGUGAGCUACAAGAUCUUAAUGAAAUUGUUGGUGAUUAUGCUGUUCUUCAAGAAAAACAAAAUAAAGCUAAAGAGCUAUAUGAAACAAGAAAUAAGAAGACGCCAGCUUUUGAAGAAUUCUUAGGCUUAGGAGAGAAACUUUACACACAUACCAGCCCAGAUGGCAGGGAGGUCAUUCGUCAAAAGAUUCGUAAAAUCAGAACUCUGUGGGAUAGUUUUGGCGAUAGCUUCCAAGAAACUGUCAAUAAAUUAGACCAGUGCCUAUUACAAUUUUCUGAUUUCUCGCUGGCACAGGAACAACUAACAAAGUGGUUAAAAGACGUUGAGAAAGCAAUGCAGCGUCAUACAGAGUUAAAGGCAUCAUUAGAAGAGAAGAAGGCGCAAUUGCAAAAUCAUAAAAUAAUGCACCAGGAAAUCAUGUCUCAUCAACAACUUGUCGAGUCUGUUUGUGACAAAGCGCAACAAUUGGUUGACCAGACACAUGAUGCUUCACUUAAUGUCUAUUUACAGUCCAUUAAACAAUUAUUCCAAAACAUUGUUACUAAAUCUCAAAAUCUGCAAGACAAUUUAGAAGAUUGUGUCAAGCGGCAUGAGGACUUAAUCCGUUUGAUUCAGCAAUAUAAGGAAUGGUUUGGAUCUCAAUCAGAAAAGUUACUUGACAUCGAAAAUGCAGCUGGAGAAAAGCCAGAAAUUGUACGGAAAUUGCAAUCAGCAGUUGCUUUGAAGGACAUUGAGAAGGUAGGUUCGAAGAAGCUUGAUGAAAUACGAACUAUAUUUUCUUCUGUCAGCAAGAGCACGUCAGAACCGGGCAACGCAGCCAUCAAAGCUGAAAUCGAUAACUUACAUUACCAGUUACGCAAUGCGGUUGAAGGCAUCGUAUCUUCGGAACAGAAGUUGAAACAUACCUUAGAAAUUUGGAAUAAGUUUGAUUCGUCGAUUGAAUCUAUUACAGAAUGGCUUAAAAACAAAGAAUCUAAGUGUCGGGAUCAAAGUUUAUGUUCAAAUUUACAAGAAAAAGAAGCCCAGCUUCAAAGAUACGUUGAUCUUCGCAACAGUAUUAACUCUAAAGAAAAGGAGAUUGAUAUAUUUGUAGAUGACUCGCAUAGUUUGAUACAAUUAAGUGGUGUCGAACGCCUUAAACCUUUGGUCACACAAGUUAGCAGCCGUUAUCAACAACUGCACGUUAUUGCUAAAGAAAUCGUCAAUCACUGGAGUGAAUUAGUAGCAGAUCAUAAGAAGUAUGUGCAACUACAUAAUGAAUUAGACAGUUGGCUUAGACCUUUAGAGGAACAAGUUUCUCAAAUGGUAGCUAAAGAAGAUAAGCUAACUAUUGAAAGUAGGGGUAAUAAACUACAAGUUUUCUUGUUGGAAAGAGAUAAUGGAGAACAUAAAAUAAGUGUACUUACUAGUGCUGGUGACAAGGUACUGCCAGAAACUGCUGCAAAUGGUAGAGAGAACAUCCGAGUUGAAAUCAGAACACUUAGAGAACGAUGGGACAAAUUAAACGAUUCAAUUCUCCAGCAACAAAAGGAAUACGAAUCCCAAACACUUCAAUGGUCAAGUUAUCAAGAUGUUUUACAGCAGACGUUGUCUUGGCUAGAUGAGAAAGAAAAAAUCGUGGACACAGAAGAAAAAGCAGUGCUCAAUUCUGCUCAAGAAAUAAAAUCAAAGCUUCUGAAAAAUAAGACAUUACUUCAAGAAAUUUAUUCUCACAAAAGAGUAAUUGAGACAGUUACAGAAAAAGCAAAGAGUGUGGCUGUUUCUUUGCACUCCGGGAAAGGUGAAAACGAUAAAAUGGCUAGCAUCAUAAAAUCCGUGUGGGAUCGCUACAAUGCCUUGACAAGCAGACUGUCAGGAAUUAUUGAUAAACAUGAAAGCAAUUUUGAAAUAUACCAACAGUUUACGGAUCAGCAAAAAUCACUACAAGACUAUCAAAAGCAUCUGUGGGAUCGUCUGCAUCUGCUGUCAGAUUUUACUGGAAACAAAGCAGCAUUACAAAGCAAAUUAGCCAAAAUACAAGAACUACUGGACGCUAUUCCAACUGGCAACAAUAAAUUGAAAAUAUUGCAAGACUUAAUUGAAAACAAUGGUGCCAAAUUAUCGCCUAGAGGAAAAGAAGCAAUGUCCAGGGAAUUGGCAUUACUUAGGGCUGAUUUGGAAAAGUUCACAGCCACUGUCCAUGAUGUGAAGCGAGGUAUUGAAGAUAAGAUUCAGCAAUGGGUCGAGUUUGACAGUGCCAAUGAUCGCCUUCAACACUGGCUGAGCGACACGGAGAUGAGUCUCAAGACGUACUCUCCCAAAGCAACUUUAGAAGAGAAAGUGGAUCAGCUCAAUAAAUACCAGGACUUAUGUAAAGCGAUUGAUAACCAUGAAACUGAUUUGAGCGCAGUCGCUUCGUUGGGCGAAGCGUUGGACCAAGCUAUUUUAGCAAAUCUAAAGAAAACAGAAAACGAUGUUGACAAGUUAUCUGACGAGUUUAGUGAUUUAAUAGAAAACUGCAAUGAUACUAGAAUUACUAUGAACUUGCAACAAAUGACAUCACGAUUCCAAUCAGUGCAAUCAACUGCGAAAGAAUUGGUUAAGAAAUGUGAACAAGCCGUUAACGACCAUAAUGCUUAUCAAGAAAAGUAUAACCAAUGCACGGAUUGGAUAAAAACAGCACAAUAUUCAUUUGAAGAGUGUAACAAAAAUCUAUCCAACACUCCUGAAGGUAUCAAAGCUAAACGCGAAAGCCUAAACGACUUACUAAGCCAACGUCGCAAUGCUACUCUACUAGUCAAUAACACCUUUGAGUUAGGAGAGAAACUAUAUCCUUCUACUUCACCAGAGGGCAAAGAAUUGAUAGAACAGCAGAUUCAAGACAUUCAACAGGCUAUUGAUAAUUUGUAUGACAGUAUUACAAAAGCGGAACGAGACUUAGAUUCUGAGUUAAACAAGUGGUCAUCGUUUGAAGAAAAUCUGAAAACUGUGCAACAAUGGCUCAGUGCCGCUGAGAAAAAUCUACCGAAAGAAAUUGAACUCAAAUCUACGUUGGAUGAGAAAAGAAAUAAACUUAACGUAUAUAGGACAUGUCUUCAAGACGCUAUCGCACAUCAGCAAGAUAUUGCAAACUUAGAAGCAAGGGCACAGAGUCUGCCCGACGUAACUAAAGACAUUACAAAAGAAAUAGGUAUGCUUCAACAACGGCAUAACGCUAUUCUUGCCAGAGCAAAGUUUUUCGUAGAACAGUAUGAAGCUAUUGUAAACAAUCACCAGCAAUAUACCAAGGCGGUAAUGGAUUUGCAAGAAUGGGUAGAAGCCACCCACAACACCGUCCAGCUUUGGGGUGACGUCAAUCUUGAACGCGUUGCUUUGAGCAGCAAUUGCGAGAAGCUCAAAUCAUUGCAGCAUACUUUACCUGAAGAGAAAAACCGUAUAGAUAAAAUACGCAGCCUAGGUGAAAAAGUCUUACCUGGAACGAUAAGCAAUGGUCAGGCGAAUAUAAGAAAUCAAAUUGACGCUUCUCACCAAGAAUGGGAAGGUCUUGUGUCUUUCAUUUCAAAAACAAUAGAGGCCUUGGAGAAUAAGAUACAACAAUGGAAUGAAUAUGAAAACAUGAAAGACCAGUGCUUGGCCUGGAUAAGAAAUACAGAUACGCAAAUUCACGCUGUAGAUCUCAAGGCAACAUUAGGCGAGAAACAAGACCAAUUCAAGAAAUUCCAAGAGUUGCAAGGAGAGGUAAGGGCUAAAGAACUAGAAAUUGACAAUAUCACAGAAAAAGCUCAGAACCUAUACACUGGUGUGCUAGGUCCUCGAGGUUCACAAAUAUCAGACUUGUCUGUAAAAUAUCAAGCGUUAUCUCAGAAAGUGAAAGAUCUAACAAACAGAUGGCAGCAAUACGUCAAGACUCACCAAGAAUUUACCAGCAACGUUACAGAAUGUUCUCAAUGGAUUGAAGAAUUAAGAGACAAGCUGGACUUCUGUGCUGACUUGAGCUCUUGCUCUCAGGAUGAUUUGGAAACCAAGUUAGUAUUAAUUCAAAACCUUCUACUUGCCAAGGACGAAGGUUUUACUAAAGUUCAGUCCCUGGUUGAACUUGCUCAAAAUGUUAUGGCAAAUACGGCACCUUCUGGACAUGAGGCUAUCAACAACUCUCUCGUCGCUUUGCAAGAACAAUGGUCAGCUCUUUUGUCCAGAAUGAUAGAGACUAAGAAUCUACUCGACGAUUCGGUCACAAAAUGGGCUGGAUUCUUAGAACAAAUACAACUCAUAGAAAAAAGCAACACAUGGAUGGAAAACAUGCUGACAGAGUUGACACCAUACGAAUCUUCCAUGUCUGACAAAAGAGUUCAACUUGAAAAACUUAAAGAAGUUGAAGAAAAAGCAAGAUGCGAUCGUCUUGAAGUCGAUACUUUGAAAGCAAAGGCAGCCGAAAUGCUGGCUAGUGGUCAACAAAAUCAGGUAGCGUCUAAAGCUCAAGAGACACUUAACAAGUUUGACACUUUGUAUGAUAAAAUCAAGAAACUGUUAGCAGAUAGAGAAGAACACUAUAAAGAUCAUAGGUUGUAUAAGGAAGCACACGACGAGUUGAUCCAGUGGCUGAGUAGAGCAAGAGAAAAGGUUCCAUCAUUGAAAUCUAAGCCUUUAAGUGAUAAAUUAGCGAUUGAGAAUUCGGUUGCCCCUCUAGAUGCUUUAAUUAAUAAACAAGCUCAAGGGGAGCUACUGUUGGAACAUUUACAACACACAGGCGAAGUAUUGUUAGCAAGCACUUCUCCUGAAGGACAAACUGUAAUCAAAAAUGAAAUGAAAGCUUUGAAAGAAAGCUUCGAUGACUUAUUCAAUGAAAUUAAACGACAAAAGAGUCAACUGGAAGAUACUGUGAAUCAGUGGCGUGAAUACAAGGACGAAUAUGAGAGAUUGUCUGAUUGGUUGCAGCAGAAGGAAAUCCACAUCAAGAACCACAAACUUGCUCUGCUAGGCACAGCCAAAGAAAAGGGCGCCCAAGUGAAUGAAGUGAAAGCGAUUGUGGAUCAGCUGAACAAAGGAAAAGCUGACAUCGAUAAAUUUAAUGCUUCUGCUACAGGCUUACUAUCAUCGCAUUUAGAUACUUAUGUUAAUAAUCAAUUGAGACAUCUUAACUCCAGAUACCAAGUAUUAGUGAACAUGGCAAAUGAUGUACUCAAGAAAGUUGAAACUAACUAUGAACAACAUCAAAACUAUGACGAUAAUUAUGUCAAGACCAAAACAUGGAUUGACGAUGCUUGGGAAAUCACACGAAGCGGAAGUGACACUGGUAGCAACAGCAGUAAAGACGCUCUGCAGAAACGCUUAGAACAAAUAGAAGACCUGUUAAAACGAAGAGAAGAAGGCCAGAAUUUAGUACAUGCAACUGUAAACAGCGGAGAAAAGGUGUUACGUAACACAAGAUCCGAUGGUAAAGACAAGAUCAAUACACAAUUAAAAGAACUUCAAAAUGAGUGGGACCGUCUUGUUAAGAAAAUGACUACAGCUAAAGUUCACCUCGAGACUGCAAUGCUCCAGUGGGCUGACUACAGUUCCAGCUAUUCUCAACUGCAGCAAUGGAUUUCCGACAGGGAAGCUAAAUUACAAGAAGUGUGUGAACAAAAAGUCGCCAAGUCCAAGAAAGGUCAAGACCGUCUUGCAGGUCUUACGGCUGGGCUUAGUAUCGGCGAAAGAAAAGCCACGCUUCGUCAAACAAACAAUAUUGUUCAAGAUAUCGUUUCGUUUGAGCCCAUGAUUCAGUCCGUAACUUCUAAGGCUUCGGAACUUAUGCAACAGGCUCCGGCCUCUGAGAUAACCAGCAAGUAUGAAACGCUUACCAAACAAGCUAAAGACUUAUAUGAAAAACAGAAAGAGACUGUCGAACAACAUCAAGCUUUUAUCGAUGCUGGUACAGACUUUGUCCAAUGGAUUAGAGCUGCCAAGGAAAGGUUAGGAAAGUGUUCUGAUGCUACCGGAGAUAAGGAAUCAUUAAGCAGCAAGAUAUCGCAACUCAAAGUAUUGGAAAGCGAGCUGCCUGAAGGCCAGGCCAAACUGCAGAAAGCUCUAGAGCAGGGUGAGAUAUCUUGUGGGCUAGCUGAUGAUGAAGACAGAGAGGAAAUAGAAGAAGAAGUGGCGCUAAUGCAGGAAGAAUACGAUACAUAUGUUGAACAGCUAAAUAAUACCAAAGCAUUAAUAGAAGGAGGUAUCGUGAAAUGGACAGAAUACGAAGAGCAGUACAAGGAAGCCUUAGACUGGUUAUCAAAGACUGAGAAAUUAGUACAAUCGUUCAAUAAACUGCAGAACAGCCUGGAACAGAAGAAAGUUGUUCUUGAAGAGUUCCAGGGGCACCUUCAAACACUAUUCGACUGGCAAAUUGAGUUGGAUAAGCUGAACGUGCGCGCUCAAACCUUGUUGGAGACGUGUUCAGACACUAGGGUCUCCAAUGGCAUCACCCAGCUUACCACCAAGUACAACGCCUUACUAUCACUUGCAAAGGAAGUGAUGAAGCGACUUGAAGUACAUUACCAGGAACAUCAACAACAUAAUGCGCUUUAUGGUGAAUGUCAAGAUUGGCUAGACAGAACCAGAGAAAAACUCAACCAAUGCGCUGAAAUACCGCACACGUUGAGUGAGGUUAACAGCAAACUUAACACUGUAAAACUUUUACGCCAGUCUCUGGAACAGGGUCAAAACAAGUUGAGGUACCUUCUUGAGUUAAAGGAGAAAGUCAUGAUGAACACUGAACAGGCUGGUGCGGCCAAGAUUCAAGAAGAUACUGACAAUUUGAAACAAGAAUUUGAUAAGCUUAUCAAUGAUCUUCAAGAUGUGAGGAACAAGUUGACAAGCAGAGCAGCCCAGUUUGAUGAUAUAUCCAAGAUUCACAAGUUGCUAGUAGAAUGGCUAGACGGUAUUGACCAAAAAAUACAAUCAGAUGAUUCACUUCUCAAUGAUUUGUCAGAAAAGAAAGCAAAACUAGAAAAAUUCAAGACAUUCAACCGAGACAUAGAGUCUCAUAGCGAUUUGGUGAUGAGGUUAAAAGAAAAGCUGCAAGAGGAUGCGUCACUGAAAUCCAAAGAAAUCGACGAUACUUUAAAGCGUUACAAAGACAUAAAGAAGACAGUUAACGAUAUGAUUUCUAAAUUAGACGACUAUGUCAACUCCCACAUUCAAUACAAAGAAUCAUACGACAACUUCUACGAUUGGAUACGUAACUGCAAAAUUGAAAUUCAACAAUGCUCUGACUCCCACGGAGAAAAGGAAGAAGUACAGGAGAAACUACAAAACGUUAACAGAAUCAUUGGAUUCUUACCUAAAGGGGAAGCCCUUCUCAAGAAAGCAGUCGAACUUAGUGAUGCUGUACUGAAAACUACUGGAAACGAGGGCAAAGAUAACAUCGAUCAGGAAAUUAAACAAUUAAAGAUCGAAUGGGAGAACUUGCAGCAGAUUUGCAAAGACACUAAGAAGUUACUGGAAAAGUGUCUGUCUGCGUGGUCAGAUUACUUGGAGACUUCCGAUAAGAUGAGCAAGUGGGUGACAGAGUUCGAUGAUAAACUUAAAUCAGUUCAAAAGAUUGACAAGAUCACUCCUGAACAUCUUGAUAAGUGCCGAGAACUUCUGGCAGAAGCUUUAGGACAUAAACAUGUUUUGGAAGAACUUAACGAUAGGUGCGAAAAUCUCAUGGAGCUCAGCGCAUGCGCUUGGGUUCGUGACAAGACCGUAAACCUGCAGACUGACUACACAACUCUGUUGACCAAAAUACAAAGUCUAGUUUCAAAUGGCGAGAAGAACUUGUCAGACCAUACGGAAUUCAUUAAGGCUAAAGACGAAUUGCAGCAGUGGUUGGAAACUGCACAUGGAACCGUACAUGAUUCUAUUGGUGUUGGUGACAUCGAUACCACUAAAGAUAAAUUGGAAACUGUCAAACUUGUAAAUAACCGUAUGACUGAAGGACACCACCUUCUAGUCGUGUUACAAGAAGCAUUCAAGAAAGCGCUGAACAACACCCCACCUGAAGAACAAGACGGUCUCCGCAAUGAUGUCAAAGUCCUGCAAGAGAGCUGGGAUCAGUUGAAGAUAGAUUUGAACUCUAUCACGGCUCAGCUUAAGGCUGCUAUUGGCAAAUGGGAGGACUUCGAGGAAUCCAAUAAAAGAAUGAAUCAAUGGAUUAAUGAAACUCAACAAAACUUAGAUAAAGUUCCGCCUACAGGUGGCGAGCUUGGUGAAAUGAAGACUUUACUAGAAAAAUAUAAGCAUAUCGAGGAUGAAAUCAAUAACAAGAAGCCCGAACUUGAAAGACUAAAAAGUGAAGCUGCAGAACUAAGCAGCUGGGCUAAGAAACCUGCAGCUAAAGAAUCUGUCACCGAGCUGGAGAAAAAGUGCAACGCUUUAAAAGCCGCUUGCGCAGCACGCAAGGCAGAAUUGGAAUCUGAAAUUAAGGACUAUAAUCAGUAUCACCAAUCACUGCAAGACACUGAAAAAUGGUUGCUGCAGAUUUCAUUCCAGCUAAUGGCACAUAACUCCUUAUACAUCGCAAAUCGGGAGCAAACGGAGGAACAGUUAGCCCAGCAUGCUGUACUGUUAGACGACAUCCAAAAGUAUCGCACGACGCUUGACGAUUUAGAAGGCAAAGGACGAGCUCAAAUCGAGCGUUAUGAAGCUAGCACUCCUAAUAUUCGUGAUACUGUUGGGAAACAGUUGAAAAACGUGAAUGACAGUCAUAAAUCACUGCUGGCGACCGCUUUGCAGAUCGAGCGUCGUCUUAGAGAAGGUCUCGCCAAAUUCAAGGAAUAUGAAGACACUUUGGAAAGUAUUCUAAAUAAUUUGGACGAGUGUGAACCAGCUAUUACAGAAUUGGAUGUUCCUGUCGAUGGACUGUCCCAUGGCCGCGAUUUACUGGAUAAAGCUAGGGCUCUGCACAACAGCCUCCAGACGGAGAAGAGCCGGCUGUCGGCGGCCGUGGCCGCUUGCUCGGCGGCGGCGGCGUCCGUGUCGCGGCCCUCGUCGCCCGCCGACUCGGCGCCGCUGCCCAUCCCGCCGCGCGAGCUGCACGUGCGCGCAAGGCUCGAAGACCUAAUCGACCAGACUCACGUGGCCGAUCUAUCCGCGCCGAAUCGUAUCGAUGAAUUACUAAAGAAUGUAGAAGAGCCGGAGUUCGCCGAAAAGCUUGUGGCUUUCGAACAAAAGGUACAAAGCCACCUGGAGACGUUGAGCGAUGCCGUCCAAGGCAUGGAGGAAGCCAUGAAGCAGGUGCUCGAGAUCCAAGAUUGGAUCAAUGUGCACAAGGCGCUGGCCCGCGAUUGGCUGGCCAACCCGUCCAAACUCCGCCCCGAGGCUGCCAAGCAGGAUAUGGCGGCGAUGAACGAUGCGCUGGCGUCGUUGAGCGAGAAGAGAAACAGGCUGCUUACUGAAAUACAAACUGAAGGUUUGGAAGAUGAAAUUAAUCUAGAAGAAGAACUAGAUGAACUAGAAGAUGCGAUUCUUAAAGCCAUUGCAAGGGAAAAGGACAAUCAAGGCAUUAUCGACGAUUACCGCAACAAAUGCCAGGAAAUCCACGACUGGUUCGACGCGGUGCUUAAGAAAAUGUGCUUAGCAGACAAAGGUUCCGGCCUCCCCUGUCUUCAGAAGUUAAGCGCUUUGAAGGAACUUGCAGCUGAGUUUGAAAAGUCAGGGAAGGAAAAGGUUGAUGGUAUCAAAGCGGUCGGUUCACAAGUUAUCAACAUUGUUAGUAAUCUGGAAAGCCAACAAGUUGAGGAGCAGAUGAAGUCUGUUGAAAGAAGAUACAAUGACAUCGCUAAACGCAUCCAACGUAAGCUCCAAAUGCUCGAAAUUACCUAUAAGGCUAUCGACGGCACUAAGACUGAAGUAAACGCUCAAAAUGAUUGGAUGCAAAAGGAGAUUGACAAUAUGUUACAUCCAGAACCAUUGGGAUCUGAAAGUAAAUCUGUCAAAGAGAGACAAAAGAACGUUGCCAAUUUAUUGAAAGAGGCCGAUGGUAAAAAGACGAUAAUCGAUUCUUUAGAAAAGAAGGUCAGCAACAUUCAGUCCGAUCUGGAACCUUCCGAACAGACACAACUAGAAUCAGAAUUGGCUGAAUUAUCUUCCAAGCAGAAACAUCUAGCAACACUUAUUAAACAAGAAAUAGAAAGGCUAGGUCCAUGCCACGAAGAUAGAAGAAAACUUGAAAACGAUAUAGAAAAAGCUAAAAAUUGGCUUAAAGCUAAACUUGCAGAGAUAAAGAAACUUGGUGGUCCAGUACCACUUGAAACAGCUAAGGUAGAAAAAGAGAUUGCUGUUCAUAAAAAACAUCAAGGUGAGUUGUCUGAUUUCAACAAUGACACACUGAGUGAAGUCAUGCGUCAGGGAAAUGCCGUAUCCAAAGACUGUUCUCCCGAAGAUCGUGCUAAAUUACAAUCAAUUUUAGAUGACUUAAAUAAAUCAUACACAUCUGCUAAGGUAGACAUUGACGAUAAAUUAGCAGCAUUAAACAAACUCAUGCAUGGUAGAAACGACUUUGAAUCUGAAUUGGGUAAAUGUCAAAGCUGGCUGAAUGAGGCAGAAGUAGCAGCAACUCCUGAACUUAGAACUUCAAGCUUACAACUAUUAGAAGAGCAAUUAGCCAAGUUCGAGAAACUCAGUAAAGAAGCAGAAGAUGUUGAAAAGAAUAUUGGAAAGGUCAAGGAUAAAUCUAAGGAUAUUUUGGACACUCUAUCAGACUCAAAUAAAUUACAGUUAAAAGAACAAGUAAACGUGUUGUCAGAUAGAUUUACCAGAAUUAAUGCUAUAAUUAAUGACAAAAAGAAUAUUCUACACAAACAUAUCAAAGAUUACAAAGAUAUUGCUGCUAAGAUUGCUGCAGCUCUGGAAUUCUUGGCUGAAAUACAGAACAAACUUAAAGCUUUAAACAAACCAAUUGGAAGCAAAAUUGAAGAUGUGCAACCAAUUAUCCAGGCUUAUGAGUCAAUCUUAGGUGAUCUCAAAAAGAAUAAGGCAAUGUUGAAUGAGUUACAAGGUGGUAAUCUACACGACCUACAGGACAUUUUAACUCAACAAAAUGAUUUGAUGGGCACUAUUGAAGAUCAAAUAUCAAAACUAAAAGUACUUUUACUGUUACGAGAACAAUUCUUUGCCCUUAUCAAAGAAAUUAAUGAGUUUGUUGCCAAGUACACUGAUCUCACGUCCGAAAUCGAAAGAUCGAAUGAUUCGUUGGAAGACAAGAUCAAACGAUAUGACGAUAUCAUUGUAAAGAUUCAAGGAUGUGAAGCUUUGUUAGCAACAGCAACUGAUAAAGGCCAACAAAUUGCUGCUGAGGGCACUGUUAUUGAUAGAAAUAAUAUUACAGAACUCUUGCAGUCUCUCAAACAACAGUUGCUAACUUUGAGAAGGAAUGUAGAAUCGAAGCGGCAAGAACACGAAAGAGCAGCUGCCGAGCACAAGAAACUGGCAUCUGAUCUGUCUGAUAUUUUAGAGUGGCUUCAUGACAACGAAGCCGCUGUGCAUUCACGACCUCUACUUAACAGAGACGUGGCCAGCGUAGACAAAAAACUUGCAGAACACGUCAAUCUAGCAAAGAAUAUCCAAACUUACCUGGACAAGCUCACUAAAAUUACUGACAUCACCAAAACCGACGACGGCAUCCCUGGUUCAUUAUUAGAAAUGGUAUCAGAAGCAAACUCUUUGAAAACAUCGUUACCUGCUGAGUUGGCCAACCGUGAGAAAUAUCUUCAAGAUAACAAGAAAUAUAGGCAACAAUAUUUACAAUUGGUCGAGAAACUAAACAUCUGGAUAAACGAAGCAGCUAUUCGUCUAGAUAUGGGCAAAAACGGUACUGAUUUCGAGAAUAUUGAAUCAGAUUUAGAAGAACACAAGUCAUUCUUUAACGCUUCGGAGCCGGAAAUGAAAGACUUAAUAGGAAAACGUAUGCAAGACAUUGUCGACAAAAUCUGGCCGUCGUUGGCGGCGGGGGAACAAGAAGAGCUAUCUAAAGAACACCAAAAACACAAUCAACUAUUGAAGAAUACUCUGAACUCCGCUAAGAGUCGACAGGCUCAGUUAGAGCAGGAUUUGGAGAUUUGGAAAGACUUCUGUCAGUUAGUGGAUAAAAUCAAGGCAAUGUUGGAUAAGAACGAUAUUAAGGACGAAGCGGUGACAACGGUGGACGCACUGAGACUGCAUCUUGAAAAGCUGAAUCACGCCAGAAAUGAUCUUGAAAACCAGCAGCCGCUCUUGGACGUGGUCCGGGAGCGGGCGCGCGAGCUCUGCUCAGGCGCGGACGCCGCCAGUGGCGAGCGCGUCGAACAGCGCACGCGCGAACUAGCCGACCGGUGGAACGUCUCCUGUGAAGGUCUCGCUAAGCGUGCUGCGACAACUGAGAACCAGCUCCAACGCUGGAGUCAGCUUUUGGAAGUGCAGCGAAGCUUGGCAGCGGGCGUCACCGCUGCGUCCGACCGGCUGCGCCAGCUCGACUUCAGCCCCAGCACGAGGCGAAAGGCUGUGGACACGAGACAUGCGUUACAGGAGCUACGAAGCGAAGUGGCCGGCCUCGAGGACACGAGGGACGAGCUAUUGGAACACGCGGACUUUGUCGUGGCGCUGCUGAAGCCACAUUCGAAAGAGGCAGCCGAGGAGACCGACAGAUCGGUCAAGGAGCUCGUUGAUACUUAUGAGAAAUUGCGACAGACUCUAGCGGCUAAGCUCGCCGAAAUCGACGAAGUAGUGUCCGAGUUCGACCGCGUGUCCGAGAAGAUAGACGCCUUCCGACAGCGAAUAGAAGUGUGCGUCGCGAAGGUCAAGACUUUCUACGCGUUCGGAGAAGACGACGAUAGCGGCCUCCGCUCUCUGACCAAGGAAGUCUCCGAUCUCGCGGAGGCCACGAAGAAGUUUACGGACGAGAGCAGAAAGUGCUACGGCGGCUCCGCUCCUGCGGACGUAUCGCAGGAGCUGUCUUCUCUCGAGCUGUCUGCGGAAGCGCUGACUGCGGCCAUGGAGGAGAAGGAGCGGGAAUGGAAGCGCGCGCGCACGGCGCGCUCCGAGUACACGGCUGACGUCGAGGACGUCCAGGCCUGGGUCCGCGCCGCGGAGCUCACGGCUCGCGACCGCGCGCUGCCGCCCGAGCCCUACCGCGAGCGCCUGGUGGCCACUCGCGCUGAAGUGCCAAGCGUCACAGACCGUAUGGAGCGGCUGACGCGCAAUGCGCGCGCCAUCGUAGAGGGUUCUCGCGACGCCGCCGAGCGGCAGCUGGUGUCGUCGACAGUGAGCGCGCUGGCCGAGCAGCUGGCGGCGGUCACCAGCGAGCUAGAGGCGCGACAGGCGGCGGUCGAGGACGCUUGCGACGCGGUGGCCCGCGUCCUGGCGCUACUCGAGCGCGUCCUGCUCUGGGUCGAGACGCAGCGCGCCUUCCUCGCGCGCCCGCUGCCCCUCGCUGACCUCGCUGAGGCUCAACAAAAACAAACUGAAUAUGGAAAUUCACUCAAGAGUUGUAAGCAGCAAACAAAGAAUUUAGCAGAUAUGACUAAGGAAAUAGAAGCCAUUGAACGCGUCACGAGUUCAGGGGAUUUGCCCGGUAGACUUGAGGCAGCGGAAAAUGCAACUAUAGACGUUGAAAAGCGAUUAGCAAAGACCAAUGGUUUAUUACAAGAACUUGCAGAAGAAUGGGAGAGAUGCGAAAAGAAGCUUAAAGAUGUCGGCCACUGGUUGGAAGCUACGACGCGAGCGCUCGAAGCGCCACAGAAUGCUAAGAAACCCCUGAGGGACCGGCUGGCACUCAGAGAGAAACUUAUAAACGACAUCUCCACACAGAAAACGAAGAUUUCGUACGCCGUUGAGAAACUCAACGUACACUUCGGGCCGGACGGCGUGGCGGCGCAGUCGGCGGGCCCGGAGGGCGUGACGGAAGCGGCGCGCGCGCUCAACAGCUCCCUGGACGCGCUGGGCGCCAGCACCAGCUCGCAGGCGGCGGCGCUGUCCGCGGCGUUGCAGCAGGUGGAGGCGUACUGUGCCGACGUGGCGCGGCUGCGCGCGCAACUGCUUGAUGCCGAGCAGCAGCUGCGGCACGCGGCACAGCCUAACUACAGCCCACGCGACCCCGAGCGCGCGCAGAGACAACAACAGGAGGUCACCCGGCGUAUCGAUGAGCUGACUCAGGCUAUCUACGGCCUGGACCCGUACUUCGUGAUGUCCGCGACGGCCCCGGACGAGGCGGCGCGCACGCUGGCCGCGCUCGUGGCCACCGCCGACAGCGCCCGCGCGCGGCGCGCACGCUCGCCCGACCGCCGCGCCCGCCCGCUGGCCGUGCCCGAGCCGCGUCGCGGCCGCAGCCCUGCCUGGGUGCUCGGAGGGACCACCUACGCUGAGAUAGUCCGCGGACAGGGCUCCAGAUCCAGCUCCAUCUGUUCCCAGAGAUACCCGAGCACCCAGAGGCACUAUGAGAUCCUUAAUGUCGAAGAACCCCGCAUCGGUUCCUCCGCAUCUCACGGCGAAUACAGUGAAAUAAGUGCACGGUGUGAAUGUACAGAUAGUGCUCGGUCCAGUGAGACCCGCGUGUAUGAAUGUGAAAGUGAACCUAUUAGGGUAGAAAUUUGUCGGGACGAAUUUGUAUCAUAUACUGAAGAGGACUUUCAUGUUAACAAAACUAUGGACUAUAAGGUUCAGGAACCCGUGCAUGUGUCACAGGUUGUGGAAACCGUGGAGGAACUCCCGGUACCAUCUUUAGAAAUAAUUCGACCUGACUAUCAGGAAAAGGAGCGCAAUCCUGACAAUCGAAGUCGAUCUCAGGAGUUAUCUUAUGCGGAAAUUCUAGCUCUAGGAUUACGUAGACAGCCUAAAACACAAACAAUUGUAUCUCUUCCGAAACCACAGGUCGCGCAAGUUGGUAUAACAACGGAAGUUACAAAAGAUGUGGAAACUCGGAUAAUCCAAAAAGAUCGUACUGAUAAUUUGAAGCUGAAACCAGAGAAGCCAGAGCGAUUGCAACGUAGCCGCUCCAGGGACAUGCCGAGACAAAGGCGAGCUCCCGAAAAAAGGCAGACUAAGGCUCACGACACUCAAGUGCAGAAAAAGAAAAAAGCUAGUAAAAAAGUAAUAGAAGUUGAUGACUUUGAUGACGCUAAUAACGACGACAUGCCAACCUCCGUUGAAAUUAAAGUAGAAAAACCAGAGACUUUUAGAAAAGAAGUUACUAAAAAAGUGCAACAUAGCGCCACUGUUGUCGAAACUGUUACUGAAAUGGUUUCAACAGAAGUUUUGCAAGAAGAACCUAUUGAUAUUGAGCAUAAGAAAGCAAAACAGAAAAAGACAAAGAAAUACAAAACUGAUGAGGAUGAAAUUGAAAAAGCGCUUAAGGAGAUCGAAAGUCUUGAUAAACACAAGAAAAAGAAAAUAAAGGAUAUUCAUGAAAAGACCGAACCUGAAUUUUCAUUUGAAAAUCAAGUUAACAAGGACAAGACUCUUGAAAUCCAAAUUUUACCACAAGAGGGAGUGACAGAAAAAUUCAAGUCUAAGAAAAAUAAGAACAGAGUUAUGGUCACAGAUUUUAUAACUAUUGAAUCAGAGAUUAAAGAACCAGAAACGAAAGAACCAGUAAUGCAACAUCAAAAGAUAACUGAAACACUAGAAAAUAAUAAAGUAGUAACUGACGUAUCAGACGAUACUAACCAGCAAGUCAAGAAUGAACCAGAUAACAAAAAGUCUAAAAGUAAAAAGAAGAAACCUGAAGAAGAAAAACACAAUAAACGAUCACAGAUUGUUGACAAUGCUUUGAAUGUUUCACAUUUGGAAGAUAUAAAAAAUAUAACUGAAACUGUACCGAAGGAUGAUAGAUUUGGUACUAGUAAUUUUAAUGAAAGUGAUGCUAAAUACGAUAAGCAGACUAAAAAGUUGCACGGUGCAGAAACAUCAUCAUUUGAAAUAUCUAGUAACUUGGAAAUAACAUUAUUAACAAGUGAAACAUCGCCAACUCGUGAGUUUGUAGACAGUUCAGAAAUAAAAGAUAAAUUUAUAGAGCAAUCUUCUUUUAACAAAACGUUACGCGAACAAGAAGAUAUGUCUGAACAAGGUACUAAAACAAAGGUUACUGAAGUGGAAAUUCCCAGAGAGAAAUCUAAGAAAAAGAAAGACAAAAAAGGUAGUACUAAAACUCGAAAUCAAGCUCUAAACUUGACAGAAACGAAAACUAAAACUGAUUUAGAAACACAUAUUGAAACAACCAUCCAAGAUAACACCCGAGAAGUGUCAAAUAUCCCUACACAAAUAGAUGAUCAUAUAUCUCAAAAUAAGACAGUUAAGAGUGAAUCUUCUGAAAUAGUAGACGUGUUUCUUGAAAUAGGACAAGUUAAGAAGGAAAAGGGACAAACAGGACUCGAUAAUAAAAUAUUCAGUCUAAACCGGGAGAGUCCAGAAACAGUUAUCAAUGAGGCUACUCUACUUCAGCAAGAAGAGACAGAAUUAAAUCCUACGUCAAAUAAAUCUGCCAAGGAUAAAUCCAAGUCUAAGAAGACAAAACAUUUAGCUAAUUACCCAGAAAAAGUUUCUGAAACAAAAAAAAAUGAAGAAACUGACAACACUAUGGAGAAACAAACAACAGCAGGUAAAAAUAUUGCCAGCUCAAGCGCUAAAGGCAAGUCAAAAAGUAAAAGAUCUAAACAAGUGGAAAACCCGGCUGAGACCCAAGUUUUGAUAGAAAAGGAAGAUAAGCCCAUUGAACAAACUGAUGAAGAGCAGUUCGAAGUAGUGAAGAGCCAUAAAAAGAAACCUAAAUCUAAAAAGCCGAAAGUAGUAGACGAUGAAAUAGAACGAGCCUUAAAAGAGAUCGAAGAGUCACAGGCAUCAAAGAAAAAAGAAAAGUAUGCGGAAAAAAUACCUAAGCAAAAUCAACGUUCUGAAUAUUUGUCAGAAUCUCGCAAGACUGAAUACAAUGUAGAUAUUAUACAUGAAGUAUCAGAAGUAAAAGAAAACCUUAUAACAAUGGACUGGAAUACACUGAUGGCUGAGGAAGAAUCAGUUCCUCUAGAAAUGAUUAAACAACCAGAAAUACUAGAAACAACUCAACAGGUAGCCACUGAAGUGACUAUACUUGAAUCUAACGCCAUAUUGAAGGAAGAUUUUAAAAAUAUUUCUAGAGAUAAUAUACAUGAUGUUAGUGUUUGUACUUCUAACGAAACGAAGUUAACCAAAGAUUCGGUUGUUUCUAAAGUUGACAUUAAAAAUAAGGGACAAGAAACAGCAUCAAGUCCUGCCAGCGAACAAAAUAAUAACGAUAAAAGUUUUAAUACAGAAUCCCUUAAAGAUACUGUAUUAGUUGAAGAAACUACUAUCGAACCACUAAUUGAAGAUGUAAAGACUAGAACGAUAUACCUUAUAACUCACGAAGAAAAGAAACUACCUCCCAUCAGGACAGUCAAAGUGUUCAGCAGUAAAAACCAUUCUUUGGAAGAAUCGGAAAAUAUUGAAGAAUCAACUGCAAGUGCAAUCACUGAUGCAAGGUCUUCCACUAAUCAAGAGCAUUAUGAUAAAAUCACUAAAGAGGAGAGAGCCGACAAAGAACGACUAGGGCAAGGUGUCCGUGAUUUAAAAAUAACACAUGAUAGAUCAGAUGUUGUCGUCAGUGAUGUAAUAAGCAGUUAUACACAGGCCACAGCGGAAAAUAUUGACACACACACUGUUUCUAAAAAGAUUGACACAUCUUCCGUAAAGACAUUUGAAGAAACUGACUCUUCUGAUGUCGAUAAUAGUAACAGCAGUGUAGAUAUUUUGAAAGAUGACUUCCAAAAACCCCAUCUAGAAGAAGCUGAUAAAUUGAUACCUUCCGGUCAUGUACCAGAAACUUCAGCCAAUACAAUUUCAAAAACGGAGGUCAUAACUGUUUCUGAAUUUCAAACUAACGUCAAAGGCGAAGAAACCAAUAUGACCGACUUCAAAGAGUUAUAUAAAGCUGAAACUAUAGAAACGGGACACGAUAUAACCGUUUCUGAAGUAGCAGCAGAUUAUCAAAAUACAAAUGAGGUCGAAGAAGCCAUAUUUGGUUCGGUGAAACACCGCAAUAAAAAUGUUAAAAAGGAAUCUCAAAACUCUUCAAUUCCUUAUGACGCGCUUGAAGAGAUCAAAACCUAUUCAUUAGAGUUAGAUUUUGAUCAGAUAGAUUAUAAUUAUUAUCAGUAUGUACUUAAAGAACGUGAAGAAAAAUUGGCUGAAGUUAAUUUAUUGACUGCACCAGAAGUGGUCAAGAACAUAGUACCGAAAGAAUCACGUAAAUCGGCUGAAACUACUGACAUUUGUACAGAAGUUCUGAAGCAGCUCAGAGAAAAAAGUCCUAAGUAUAGUUAUCAUGAGAUUAAUGCUGCCGAAGCCUUACUUGCUGCCCUUCCAAUUGGAACAACUCUGCAAACUAUACCAACUAAAGAAAACAAGACCUUUAUUGAACCAGAUAAUGAAACAUUAUUAAAUUUACAAACGGUUGCUGAACCUACUGUUACAACUGGUAACAACGAAGUUACAAGUAUUGAAAACUUAGGUAUUCAAGAACCGCAUCCGCAUGUGGAUGCUCAUAAGUACCUUAGUCACGAAGUGCGUCCGCAAAGUUAUCACGAACGUGUGGAUGCUGAAAGUAUAUAUGCUAUGACGAAAGAAUGUCGUCAAUCUCCUGCUAAGCAGGUAACCUUCAAAGAAUUGCCUAAGCAUACCCCUGAUGUUGAGAUAUUCGAAACAUUGACGUUGUCUGAAGCCCAAUAUACAAACGUAUCAAUUAAAGAAGAUGCCAAAGAACUGACUUUAAUGAAUAUUGUCUGUGAACAAACACGGCACAACUACCAUGAAAUUAAAGACGCUGAAUAUUUAUUAGCUAUCGCAAAGACUGUUGAAAAUGGUCAACAAGUUGCGUCUACUAAUAAUGUGGAAUCCAUCAAAAUACAAGAGACAACAGUUUCAACAAGUGAUGAAGAACUCACCGCAACAUCUUCAGAAGCAGACAAAUAUAUUGAUGCUGCAAUUUCCGAAACAAGUUUAGAGCAUGUUCAAUCUGUGCCUGUGGCCAAUGGAUUGAAAGAAUUAACCACUAUGACCAACAGUCAAAUAAAUAUAAAUAAAUUACGUUUCCAUGAAUUGCCUAGAUUUAAUUAUCAAGACAUUUAUGACGCAGAAAAAUUAUAUGCAAUUGUAACGACAAGCCGUUGUCAUGAAGAAAUCACUGGAUCAGACAUAAUACAAUCGCAGGAACGUAUUCACGUUAACACACAGACGUCGGACGAGAUAAUACCAAAUACGGAUAAAAGUUCUAUAGUAUUAAAAGAAAAAGAUUGUGUAAUAAUACCAGAAAAAGAAAUGAGAGCCGAUCAAAAACUAAAUGAAGUUACCAAUUUGAUUGACGACGCGAUUGAAAAUUCUGCCAAGGAUACAGAACCUAGACCUGCGGGCAGCUUGGGUUUGGUUUUAGAAUCAUUGCGAUAUAGUUAUCAUGAAAUUAAAGAUGCAGAACAGAAACUGGCUGUUCUUAUCACUGAAAAAGAAAACAAAACCUUAGCGGAAAUCAUGGAAGAUGAUAGUAGUAUGCAAGCAGUCGAAACUCAAGCUGAAAAAAUACAUAAGCAAGAUCUUUUUGGAGCCGAGUCAAAGGCUGUAGAACCUCAAAGCUCUACCUCUACCAUUUCAGAUCCUACUGAGUCUUGUAUUCCGAAUAAAGAUGCACCAUUUGAUAAAAAUUAUGAAGAAAAGCAAUCCGACUAUAUAAUACCUGAGGAAGAACUAAAGCAUACCUUAGUUUCUAUGAUAUUUAAAGAUAAAACAUUUGAUGAAAAUUCUUCAAAAUCUACAGAAGCGAUGAAAGUUGUUGUCAUUGAACCAAAUUUAUCCUCUGAUAAAGGUGUUUCUCAAACGAUUGUCGAACGUGAUAAUAGUGCUACCAGAUCAAGCGCCGUAGCUGAAAAAAGCGAUUCUUGCAUUGCAGAUGAGGAAAUAGAUGAUGAAUUAGAUUUCGUCAUAGUAAGCACAAACGAUGUGAUUCAAGAAAAACAUUUAGAUUCAACAAUUAACAUUAUUCAUACCAUUAAUGAACAAGUGUGUACCAGUAUUUCUCAAGUCGGUACUAUUGUAACAUCCGACCUGAGUGAGAAACCUGCUGAAAACCCAUCGUUAGAACAUGUACCUACGAUAAUCGAAGAAGGCAAUCUGGAAGUAGUAAAUACACCACCAUGCACGUUUAACGAUUCUCGUGAGUUUAUUCAACGUGAAAUAGGAUCAGCCUUGGAUGUUGCAUCUAAAACAUUUACUAAAGCUGAUACGCAAUCUGUUACUAUGGACCAAAGUGUUCCGAAAUCUAAAGAUUCAUACGUUUUUAUUCAAUUAGAACAAAAUAUUAUAUCACAUAAGGAUACUGACAUUGAAUCCGUUAUUCCGGAACUAAGAAAUUUCGUUAAUGUAACAAAAUCUAAAUCGGAUACUGAACAAAUAGUUUUACCACGUCCAGAUUCCGAAAUUAGAACCGAAGUGAAAUCUCCCAUUCAUAGCUUACAAGAUUUACUCCCUUCUAUAGACUCUAUUCCCGAAUUUAAACCUUCAUAUCCCGUAGUAAUUUCAAAUUUAUCAGCUGAUGCUCCUGAGUUUACCCCUUCUUACAUGUACAAAUCUGUAGAAUCAUCGUCAGAAGUAAUUACUCCUCUGGGUAUUGACCAACAAAAACAAUUUCCGGAAUUACAUGGAACUAAAGACAUGUCACUUACUCCUGAAACAGACACUGAAGUGAAAUCUUCUUAUUCAACCAUUUUACAAACUAAGAAGGAAACAGAAUCUCUGUCUGGAAGGGACAUUUCAGACCCUGCCGACAAACCAUCUAUGGAAACUCAGAAUGAGACUGAUAAAGUAACGGAAGAAGACACGCAAGCUAUAUCAAAGCGACACAAAAAGAAGAAAAAGAAGGAAGAUAAGCGAGAAAAAAUCGUCGAGCAGCCUUCGCAUAUUAGUACCGAAUCUAAGGAUGCUGAACCAAAAGCAGAUGUUACUGAGCCGAUAAAUGUUUGGGCCAAAAGCAGUGAGGAUGGCAAAUCAUAUGCUGAAGUAGUUGCAGAAGGGUUGCAUGAAAAUAUAGACAGUAAUUUGACUAAACAACAAGAAUCACAGCUUAUAUAUGAAUUUCAUGUGAAACAUGACGUGAAAUCCGGCGCACGAGAGGAAGUUAAAAUUACACCGGAAACAGAGAUGGAAAAUACUUGGGCAAAAAUAGUUGCAAUCCAUCAUUCUUCUCCUGAAAGAGUCGAAGAAGUACCGAACAAAGAAAUUCCUGUACACAGACCACCACUGAUAUUAGUAGACGAAAGUAGUUCCGAAUAUAAACUUGAAGCACCUGUUGAUACAGAAGGUUUUAUUAUUGUUGAGAAAAGGAGCCGCUCUAGGUCUAGAUCAAGAGAUAACAGGUCUCAAUCAAAAUCAAAUGUUACACUUUCGUAUGAAAAACGUGAAAAAUCUGAAAAUAGGUUUGAAGCUCUACCCAUGCUUAAACCAAUAGAACCAGUGGACACUAAUCCUAAUGAAGAAGAAAAGACGAUUGUGGAGAAGGAUGAAGAAAGGGAAACAUUGAUGAAGGUUGAAAAACCAAAGAAAAAUAGAAGUCGGUCAGGAAAGUCUAAAGAAAAAGAAAUUAAUGUGCAAUCACCAGUAACUGAAGUCACUCAUACAUAUGAGGAAGAUGAACAGUCAAAGAAAGAUAAAAAGAAAAGAUCAAAUAAAUCCAAAGACACUGUAAAAUCAGAAGACAUAUCUAAAUCUAAAGAAGUCCAUGAAACGUAUGUAGAGCCUAAAAAUGAAACUGAAGUAAAGUCACCUCAAUUAGAAGAAAUUGAAGAUAAAAAUAAAAAUAAGAAAAAGAAAAAAAAUAAACGGUCUUCACCUCUUAGGGAAAGUAUUAAAUUAAAACCAUUAGAGGAAAUAAAGGUGAACGAAAAACCGAAAGACAUCGUUGAUAAGUUAGUUACUCAAACUUCAAUGUCCAGUCCUGAAUCUAUUCACACACCUAUCAAAGACAGGUUUUAUAAUGAAGCUCAAUACUGGAAAAAUGACCCAAGCAGUAUAGAUGAAGUUCUUACCGUAGAACUAAGUCCAACAAAAGAAAUAACUUCUAUUACUACUGAAACUAAAGACAUUCAAUCCGUUAAUACUCCUGUAUGUAUUGAAAUAACUGAAACGGACAAUAUACAAAAAUAUAAAACUGAGCAGACAAAAAUGAGCGUAAAAACUAGCAGGACAGAUACAAAAUUAACGGAAGAAUUGUCGCUUGAAAGUAAAAUGGCUGACUUGCAAAGAGAAAUUGAAGAAAUGCUAGAACCUGAAGAUUCUUCUUUAGUGAGCGGUGACACGCCAAAAGAAUUAAUUAGCUCUGCUAGUUCCGAGUCUCAAAAUGAUGUUAUAGAUAACAUUACCCCUUUAUUAGCGUCUCCUGAAUCUGAGACUGAGACUGAAAUGACUGAAGAGGAGCCACUCCCAACUUCUAAAGAUACAAAAUCGAAAGAAGAAGCAACACUUGGUGAUAAGCAUAUAAGCGUCAGCAUGAUCGACGCAUUGUUAGAAGAUGAACCAGCAAAUAUGGAGCAUCCACAGGAUGAAAUCAAAACGAUUUGUAGUAAAUUUAUAGUCCAUAAGGAAUUUGAACAAGAAAAUGGGAAGGAAAAAGUAGGUGAACCAAUCGAUGAACUUAAAAGUAUGACUGUGGAGCAAACUGUUCAAGAUAAUGUCAACAAUAGCGUAUCGGCUGAAAUGUUUGAAAAACCGCUAGAAGCUGUAGAAAUAACAGACCUUUCUAACCCUGCUCAUGACGUCAUUGCUAACUUAUCUAAUAUAAAAGUAGACAAUUUCUGGGUGGAUAAAUCUGCGAUAGAUGACGCUGAACAUCUCUUUAUCGAACAGAAUCAAAUUGAAACUCCAGAAGUUGUCUCACUUAAUAAAACUAAACGCGAUAGCCUAGAAGAAAACAUGGUUAUUGAUAAUUCAUUUUGGAUCGAAAAACCUAUAUACCAUGACGCGGAAUGUCAAUAUUUUCUAUCAAUUGUUAAGAAAACACAAACGCUUCCUGCUUCCAAAGUAGAAAUACACCUAAACGAUCAAAACGAUAAAGAUAAGGAUCCUAGCGGCAGCUCGGGUCAUACGUCCGAUGCGGACGAGACUAAAGACCCUUGUGGUUCACCUUUUGAUUCGAAUUAUAUUUCAAUGGAUUUGCCCGGCGGAAUAUGCAGUUGGAAAGACCAAAGUUCAUACUUGAGCAUAGAAACGCCAAUAGACUCUCUUAUUAGCGAUGACCGCUUAGGUGACAUCCGAGAGGAUAUACUAACAGCCCUACCCUUAGAACCACGUCCUCCCCCACCCUCACAGGAGCCGGCGGCAGAGGCAGCCCGGAGGACACCUAAGGAUGACUUAUCUAAUGAUAUAGAAAGUCUACUAGAAGAAGUAAGGAAUGUACAAGCCCGCCUCUCGGAUUUGCCCGAUGAAAGUCUCGGAGCCAUGGAGGAAGGUCUGAGGGGGGGCAUUUCCGUUCUCAGCAAGUGUGAUGAGGCGGCGGAACUUCUGGAGAGUAAAAUGAUGGAGUAUCGCCAAGAGGCUGAGAUCCAAAGCCUGAGCCGCGAAGUAGUAGUCAUCAGGGCCAGGAUAUCCAAAUUGCUGCUUCAGGCGAGGCAAGGACUUGAUAUCAUCAAGGUAAGAAAGGACGCUAAAGUAGAUAUGGCCCGUGAAGCCAAGGAAAUGGAAGACCAGAAAGUAAAGAUUGCUCAACUGGACAAAUGGCUUGAAAGCAUAGACCAUGAACUGAAGGAGUCUACUAAGCAGUCCGAAAUAUUAACUGAAGAAGAUAUUAUUAAAUAUAUUGAAAUCUAUGAAAAAUACAUCAGGGAAUAUGAAGAGUAUGAAGUUAUAUUAAAGUCUAUUAAUAUAAUUGGUGUUGAUAAUUCUAGUCAAUCAUUAAAUGAAAAAUUUAAAGCUACGCAACAAUCGUUAGUGGAAACGAAGAAUCUAGUCAUUGUAGAGAUAGAACGGUUAAGACAGGUAUUACUACAGAUGAGAUCUGUGGCUGAGGUGGUAGAAGAGGAUAUAUCUCAAACAGAUAGGACGAUCGACUCAACAUCUAUGCCUGAAGAAAUUGUUUCUCCUAGAGAACGCGAAAUUGUUAAAGAAGAAGUUCCGACAAUAAAAGAAAUACCUAACAAGGUCCUAAGUGAGAAGUCUAGUGAAAAUAAGUCUACUAAAAAAGGAGAGAAAGUUGUAGUAACAGAAGAAAAACCAACUCACACGAUUGAGACCCAAACGGGGCAAAGUCUCAGAUCGGAAUCCCCGUCUGUUACAGAUAAAUCCAUCAUGUGUGAGCCAGAAAAGAAAACGACACAGGAUGCUUCCAUUACAUGUGCCCCACCAAUGGACGUUGAAAUCCAAACAAGUGAGCCAAUCUCAGAGAAUAGAGAAAUCCUAGAGAAUAUUCAAGUAAGGCAAACUAUUACUGGUGGCCAUGAAAUAUUUGAAAUCGCUACUCGCCCUGUUGCUAGAAACCAGCAAAUUGAUGAGCAAUCAUUGCUUGUUGACGCUAAUUACAAAGAUGAUAGUCAAGGUAAAGAUUCACAUCUAAAUAUAACACACAGCUUACCUCAGUCAUUUGAAACUGUCAUGGUUGAACCUGACGAAACGACGACUGAGGUAGUUGUUGACGCAGAUGGUACUAAGAGAAUUAUUGUGAAAAAAGUGAGAAAGACUUUAGUAACUCGCCAACAAUUGGUUCACAGCCGCCGUCAAACCACACAAAUGAUCUCAGAUGGUACCCAAGAGCAAUCAUUUUCACAAAUAACUUUAAAAGAAGAUAAAGGAUCUAGUUCGACAAUGCUAGGAGAUGGUGGCGUUCAAAGAGUUGAAUACCAAACGUUUGGUGGUCAAGUUGUAUCAGGAUUACCUGGAGGUGAAGUAACCAUCCAAGAAUUUUCCUCAAGGCCUGGAGUUGUUGUUAAAUUAGAAGAAGGCCUAAACCCUGAAGAAAUCUUACAGUUGGCGGAAACCGAAGGCCAACAACAAAUUCAAACCUCGUCCUCUAGCGUUACUGCUGUCGUACAACAAGUUACGAAACGAAUCGUAAAAACAAAACGACGUAUAAUACGCAGAGUAGUAAUCAUAGACGGCAAAGAACAUGUAACGGAGGAAGUUAUAGAGGAGCCUGAUAAUGUUGAAGUAUAUGAAGAGCAAAUACCAAGAGUCUCAAUAAGCGUCAAAGAUCAAGGUGGUGUGCAGUUUGAGGAAAUUGAUGACGCUGGUGAUGAUCAUAAAGAUGACAAAAGACUCCUAUCGGAUAUGAACCAAGACCCCACAAAAACAGGAGAAACGAAACCUAAAUCUGAAGACAAACCCGACGAACAACCCAAAGACAAACCAGAUGAUGACAAGAAAUCUCUAAAAGGUGAAAGUCCCGAAACAAAACAAAGAAAAGAUAUACGUGAACUGUCCAGCGACUUUAUUCAAAUGGAAAGUCAAUCCCAUUCACAGUACUCUGAGUCAGGCACAAUUACCAAACAUUCAAGAGAAUUAUCUCCCGUACAGACAGUUACUAUAUUCAAAAAUUAUGAAAUCGAUCCUGAACGGACACGAAACCAAGAAACCUCUCACACCCAAGAACCAGACGAAACAAGAUCAGAUGAUCAUACACCUAAAUACCAACCGAAAGACAAAUCACUUGAUGACGAUAAACCUCUUAAAGGCGACAGAUCAGAUAAAGACGUAAGUGCGUUGUCUAAAGACUUCAUCCAAAUGGAAAGUCAGCGUCAUUCACAAUAUGCAGAGUCUAGUGCAACUACCAAACAAUCACAAAUAAGAGAAACAUCCCCUGUGGAGACAGUAAUAUUUUCUCAAACGCGAGAAAAUAUACCUGAAGUAGGAGAAAUUCAAGAAUCCUAUUACAUUCAAGAACCGCAAGAUCCUCAGUCCACGUUUAUAAGCGAAGGUUAUCAACAAUCAACGUUACAGACGGCGUCAUCAAACAUUUCUACGGUUGUUCAAAAAGUAACAAGAAAAAUAACUAGAACUCGAAGACGUAUCAUUAAACAUAUACAAAUAAUUGAUGGCAAGGAGCAUGUCACUGAAGAAAUCAUUGACGAACCUAAUGACGUUGAGAUCAUUGAAGAGGAGCCUAAGGUUUCUACUCAUACAAUUCAAGAACAAGGGGUCAAGACAAAACGUAUCAAAAUAAUACGUCAGGUACAGAUUAUAGAUGGGAAAGAACAUAUUACGGAACAGAUUGUUGAAGAACCUGAUGAUGAAUUUAUUCCGGAAACAACUGUUAACACUGAAAUCGACGUAAGUAUCGAUAAACAGCCAUCUAUUGUUCCUAAAGGUAGCAUUAAAAAAAAUACGCAAGAAUUACCUAUACCUUCAACUACAGAAUUACAUUCCUCGAUUGUAGACGUGAAAAAGAAUUCAACAAAUAGUGAUCUAAACGCACAGUACUCGCAACCUGGAACUAAAGAAGUUGAUUCCACUAAAGGAAUAGAUAAGGAUCGUGUCGAUUUAGAGGAUCAAGUAAAGGAGGUAGUAGGCAUCGAACCAAUCGUUGACAAAUCUAAUGUAGCUUCUGAAAAAGAAACCACAAAGGAAUUAUCCAGCCCUCUGCCAAGUCCUGCUAGGAAAUCGAAAUCAGCGUCCCCAAGUAAGCGAGUGACGUUUGUUGACAAAUUGACUGAAAAGUCGAAGCCUGAAGAUACAACUAAAGAUCAAGGAAUAAAGUGGGAUGCAGUUGAACUGGAAAAAUCAUUGCAAUCUACUAAAAUCGUCUCAGAUUCGACUUCUGCAAGGCAAAUUACUGAAACGGAAAUUGCUGGGUCGUCUGUAGACAUUUCUUCAAUAGAUGAAAGGGGCGUUGAAUCACCGAAAACACAUCAAAUUACGCCAAAUACCGUAAUUGAUAGAAAUAUUCAAGUUCCAGAUAAAGAAAUAACUACUCAAGAACAAAAAUCUGAUACUAUUCCAACAACUUCAAACAUUGACUCUAAACUAAGUGCGACUCUAGACUUUAUUUCAAACGAAAGAGCGCACGCUUUACACCCAGAGACGAAACAAGACACCGAAAAAAGAACUACCGUUACAUCUGAAACACCAAGCGUCUCUAUUGAAACUAUAUCACCCCAAAAAUUAGAACCGUCUAAUACUUUAGACAUUCAGUUGCCAAAUGAACCACACUCUCUGAAUGCAGAAAGUAUUACUACCGUAGAAGGUAAUAUGUCUGAAUCAAUAAAAUUAGACAUCUCAAUUGUAGACAAGCCUAAAUCGCAAGACAACAUUGAUACUCACAAAGUGGAUGAAAUAGAAAAACCGACAUUAACGGGAAAACAACCAAUAGAUGAAACGGACAUUAGCACAGAGUCACCAAACGAUAUUGUUGAUGUAACUAAGAAUCUUAUAAGUUCGGAAGGACAAGUACCUAAAAAGCGUGGAAAGAAGGCAAAAAAUAAAGACUUGUCUGCUGAGAAAAUAUCUGUAGACAAUAAACCACAUGAAAAACUGGACCAAUCUGUCAUUCAGCCAAAGGUGGAUGAAAUUGGUCCGGUCCAAAAAGUUUCUGAUGUUCAACCAGAUCAAAAAGAUGCGGAUGUUAAAUCAUCUGCUGUCCAACACAAAAACCCUGGGUCAAAAUAUGACAUUAAUCUACUCCUUGAAGCAGAACGUGCAGAUUAUCUUUUAAGACAAAGACCAACCCUUGAUGUUGAAACGAAACCUUUACAAACUGUUGAUAUUACAAUGUCGAUUUCCAAAGCUGAUGUCGUAAAAACAGACGAGCCUAAAGUACAUCUUGACAUGAAAGUUGAAAAUUUUGAAACCAAACUAUCGACAAUAGUCAAAAAAGAUAUUGAUGUCAAUUUACCGAGUGAAGUAAAGAUAAUAGAAGAUCAGCCUCAAACGGUCUCAGUGGAUGAAAAACUUAGAGAUGACGUCAUACAACAAACAACACCUGUUUCUGUAUCCAAUGACCCUAUCAGAGAACCGAAGACCCCAGAAAUUAGUGCCCAAAUUAAAAUUGAGGAAACAAAUCAAACAUCAAGUGGAACACCAGAUGCCUCUAAAGAUCACAGAAAAAGUAAAAAGAAAAAGAAAUACAAACCUACGACUGACGCAAGCCUAGAGGAAUCUACCAAAUCAGAGCUGCCUGUACAAAUACCUGAAGAUAAGAGUGUUAUUGAUACUGACAGCUCAUCUCUCAGUCAUUACAUCGAGUUACCAACUUCGCCGGCUUUAGAUUCACCCAAACCUACCGAAGAUAUCCUAGAACCUAAAGUAGAAUUAUUAGAACCAGAUUCAUUCUUUGAAUCUGAAAGGACUGCUGAAGAGAAGGGUUACGAGGCAGAAGAAAUAUCUCAGGGACCAACACCAGUACCUAAAAAGAGGCAAAAAAAACGCAAGGCCCAUGGCGUUAGUGAAGAAACAACUUACCCUAAAGAAACGACUGCAGAGUCUGAUAACACAUCAUUGUCAAGUACAGUUGAAAUCACAGAGCCCGCACAAGAAAAGAAAGGAAAGAAAAAGAAGGGAAAGAAAAAGACACCUACUGAUCCAGAAGAGGUAGAAGAAUCUGAAUUCGCUCAAAAAUUGGAACAUAAGCCAGAAAGUCCAAAAAUAGGCAGCGAGAAUAUAGAGUCUCCUAAAGAGGAAUCUUACCAUACAAUGAGUGAGACUUCUGACAUAAGCACGGUUAAGAUAAUUGAGGAAUGCGUUCAAAGUAGCCCAGAAUCUUUACACAAGGAAGUUACGACUACUGUGACUUUCCCAGUUCCUGUGGUUGAAGAAAUUCCAACGCAAGAGUACUCUGUCCAAACAUCUCCGGAAUUAUCUGAAUCCAUUAAAGAUGACAAAAAACAGCUAAAACCGGAAACAGUGGCCAUUGAGCUACAGACAUCUCCUACACCUGUCAUUGAAACUGUAGUACAAACUACUCCUCGGGAUGAAAAAGACAUGGACAAUCAGACAAUGGAAGAUAUCAUAACAGUAGCAGAAAAAGUACCUGUCGUUGACACUGAAAUUCAAACUAGUAGAACGGAAACGCCACAAAAGAUGGAACAGAUUGAAGCGACAACUCAAGUGAUUGCACACGAUAUAGUUGCUCCGGAAGAAAAGUUUUCUCAAACUUCAUCACCUAUUGAGGACACGGCAGUGAAAUCCGAAACUGCAGAAGUUAUAACGGAAUCCAAAGAAAUUCAAACAUCUCCCUUGCCGUCAGUACAAAAAGAUGAAAAAGGUACCGGAAUUUCCAUCGAAACAGUUGAAACUGAUAUCCAAACCAUACAAGAUAUAAUCGACCAGGAAACAUGCACAACACCAGUACCAGAAAAAGAAGUUAUUGAAAUGAGUAUACAGACGCUCGAUUUACCAGUGGUUAGCACAUCUACUCAAUCAAAUUAUGUUGAACCUGAAAGAAAAAUCGAAAGGGCUGAAGUAUCAUCACUAACACCUCCUAAACCAGAAGUUUUUGAUGUAGGUCAACAAACGUCGCCCAGAUCACCAGAAGAAUCCGUGAUUACAACCACAGCAGAAAAAGAACCUGAAAUAGUUCCUGAAUCACCAUUAAGGAAAGAAGUUACUUCAGUCGAUGGCACUCAACAGACGACUCCUAGAGAACCAAUUGUUGAAGUUCCAACAACUAGGCCAGUCGAUUUAGAACUAACGAAAACAAAAGCACUGACUAUUGAUAGUACUCAACAGACAUCUCCAAGAGUUUAUUCGGAAGAUUCAAUAUCGACAUCGACUGAAGAACCUUAUGAAAUACACUUACGAGCACAAAUAACAAUUCCAAAAGCGACCAAUGACUUCCUCGACAACGAACGACAACUGGAAGCUCCACAGUCUAUUCUCGGGGACAGACAAAAAACAAAGAAGAGGAAAAAUAAGCGGAAGAUGGAAUCACCAGUAGCUCAGACACCAGAAAGCCUGUCCGAUCCUAUAACGACAGAAUUACUUAUGUCUGUAACACCUACAAGCGAAGACUACACAAGUAAAGACACGUCAUCAAUAGAUGAGGGUAUUUCUCAGUUAGCUAGCCCUGUGUCACCAGACCGCCAGGAGUUUAGUAAUCAACACAAAUUAACAUACUCUGACGUCGUCCAGCGAUCGAAGUCUAAAUCUCCCUCUCCCUCUAAAUCGGUCCACUUCUCUCGAAAACCUGAGAAAGCAAGACUGCUUGAUGCCUUAGAGAAAAGAACACAAUCCCUGACCGAGUCUCCAAGGAAAGUGCCCGACGAUUCAAUGGCUAUUGUUGUUCUGGAUCAGUCUGUAGAGAAAUCAUAUGAUUCUGUUGUCAACAAAGAACUUCAAGAUCUUAAGAAUGCAAUUGGUACUAAUGAUCCGACAAGUGUUGAGAGGAGCGUUGUAGUCAUCAUAGAAACUAUAUCCAUUUGGUUGGAAGAAAUUAAAUACAAAAUUCAAACCGAAACUAUUGCCAAUGGAGAAUCCGUUAAUGAAGCGCAACGAUUAACAUCCUUACAAGGGUACAUUCAAAGUCUAAAAGAAAUAAUUGAAAUUACCGAAGUAAAUGAAGAAAUCGUAACUCUCAUUGAAAUGCUAACUCGGCAAGCAGAUGCGGUCAAUGAUCUAAAUCGUCAAAGCUCGACUACAAUAAAAGAAGUUGAAAAAGACUGGGUGAAGUUCUUGGACGAUACUGACAAACUGUACCAUAAGUCUAUCAACAAGGUAAAAUCUAAGCUUGAUGAUAUCAUUCUGUCUGAUAUUCCAACACAGCAGAAAUUAGACGAAUUGGAUAAACUAGAGAACGAAAAUGUAACUAAUUCUGAUUCAGUCACUAAAAUGUUCCGCCGGUAUCGGAUUUUAGUAGAAAACAACAUAAAACGGGAAUGUCCAACUACUCUGUACGCUUGCGAUGAUGAUACUAAGCAGGUGGAAAAUUCGAUCAAUACCGAAAGGGAUCGUUUGCUUCAGUUGUCAGCAUUGGCCGAGGAAUAUGAACAAACUUUACAAGAUUUUGGACAAAUAACCGAUGUAGCAGAAGCGCUGCUAGACGGAAAAAUAAUUGUUUCUGAUUUAGACCAUUUACAUGAAGAAAUCCAAAAACACAGAAAAUUCUUUGUUAAUCUGAGCCACUGCAGAGCCAUCCUCGAAUCUUUAGAAGAUAAUUUGGACGGUGAAACAAGAUCCAAGUAUUCAUCUUUACAUAAUUCGCUACACGAUCGUGCUACAGUAAUUAUUGACAGAGCAGCAGGUCGCGCUCAACAGAUGACUUUGGCAGCAUCUCGAUGGACCACGUUAGAACAAGGCAUGAGAGAAGAACAACAGUGGCUGAGAGUAGCACACCAGAGGAUACCUGACCUCACUAAUGUCACAUCUAUCGACCACGAGCAAUAUAUCAACUUAUACCAAUCCGUCAGCUUGGAUGUGUCACAUCAUCAUGCAAAGAUCCUACGCCUAUUGUCGGUCACUGAUGGACUGCAAAACCUGAUUGUUUGUUCCGGGUUAGAAACUGAAUGUUCUAUAGCCCUCGAUACGUUGCUCAAGUUACAGGAUGAUGUGGAUUCUCGACUCAUUCGACUGACGGCCUUUAAAGAAAACUGGAUGACUUAUGACUUCAUUGUAGAAAGAAUAGAGAACUGGAUGAAGAUCGCUAAUAUGGAGCUUGAACACAUUACUCCUGAAAAUAUUACGACAACCGGAAACUUGCGUCGAUUUUGGGAACUCAAGGCCCAACAUGAAGUUCAUAACAAUCUUAAAAAUGAGUCUGGUGUCCAAUUCGAAAAAGCAUUAGAAAUUUUACCAAUAUCUGAUGAAAUGGUUCAGCGUCAAUUCUUUUCAAAAAUAGAAGACGAAUGGCGGGAAAUUGCCGUCAAAAUUGAUAGCCUGCAUUCUUCUGCAAUUCAAAGUAUUUCGGACCGUGACGUGUCCACUGGCGAAAAACUCAAUAUCUUGGAAGAUGAAAUUCGAGAACUACGUACGUCGGUCGAUAGCUUGAAGACAGUUAUAAGAAGCGAAGACGAAUUAAACCUUUACAUCGAGAGACUUCAAGUGAUGACAGGCCGCGUUGACAGAAUACAGAACGAGCUCAGUAGACUGAGCUUGCUACCUACUGCGGAGUCUGAUCGCUUGGGGGCCCUGUUGUCCCAGUCGCGCAACAUAGAUGACCAAAUUGCCGAGGAGUUGGAGCGAAGCAUGCUCUUGAAAGAGAAGAUAGUGCAGGUUCAAGCCGGAAUAACUCGUUGUCAGAAAAAUCAACGUCGCGGACGCCUCACUGUCGAGGAGUGCGCGGCCGCGGAACGACUCGGUAGCGACGUGGUGGAACGAGCAUCCGAGACGUGCUACAGACUUCUAGACGAUCUCUCGGCACAAUGGAGAGACAUAAGAGCGCUCAAUCAGGCGCUACAUACCUUGCCGACAUGUCUUCGAGUGUCCGUUUCGCUUACGGAUUUGGAAAGAGACAUCACAGGACUUCAGGAAAACCACGCGCAACUAGAAACCGAAGCGUCCGAGCUGAGCGCACGCCUGCGGGCCAAAGUUCAACUCUGGCGGCGGUUCGAGCGGCAGCUGGAGCUGGUGCAGGGCGCGGUCCGCGAGGCCGACUACAUGGCCGAGCUGCUCACCGUGCAGGGGCAGGUGGACUACGACCGCCUGCUCAAGGCCACCGAGAAAUUAGAGACGCUAAGCGAGUCGCUGUCGCGUCGCUCGGGCGAGCUGGUGGGCGAGUUGCGCGCGUCGGCGGCGCCGCUAGCGGCCACCACCGAGCCCGCCGUCACCGCCAAGAUGCAGCGCGAGCUGGACGACGCCGCCACCGCCUACGAGCACACGUGCAGGAACCUCACGCAGCUGUGUGACAGAUACCACAAAGCGGUCGAGUUAUGGAAGCGUUACCGCGACGCCGCUGCCGCCGUGCGGGCCUUCGCUGAGCAACAAGAGGGUCGACUGCACGCGCUUCGACCCGCAGAAGCACCCACUAUCGCCCAGGCAUGCUCGGAGCAGGAAGCUCGAGUGGCCGAGCUGCGCUCGUUGGCCGCCCGCGUGGCGACCGAGACCGGCAGCCGCGCGCUGCAGGCCGACGCCGACGCGCUGGCCCGGCGGCUGCAGCUGGUCGCGGGCGCCGUGCAGGCCCUGGCAGACCUCGGGGAAGCCCGCCAGCUGGCGAGGGCGAAGGCGCAGCAUGUCAAGGAGCAAUUCAGUGAUAUGAGACAGGACUUGAUGCCUCUGCACGAAGACGGCGAGAUCGUGGAAGAUCAACUCAUUGCUCUUCGAGAGAACUUGAUCACGCUAGGAAAGAGCGAAGCGGACAUCGUACCCGCCAAGGAGCAGCUUCCAGAUAUCGACAGGGACGUCUCAGAAGAACACUCCAUCGUCAGGAUCCUGGAGCUAUGGCAGGCCAUGUUCAGAGACACCUUCCUACAUUACCACAGGCUCUCUACGGCUCUGGUGAGAUCAGGAGAUGCUGCAACUGCUCUGCGGUUAUGGCACGAGUACCUCCAGGAUUUACAAUCAUUCCUAUCAGGCUCUGUACCCGCCGACUAUGAAAACUUAACUGAACAUAGACGAUUAUGCAGAGUACAUAGGAACCUGCUAGCUUCACAACGAUCUGUACUAAUAAAUGAACAUAAGGAGACAAAACACAGGGACCUGGUAGAGAAAUUUGACACGUUGACGAAUCUUCACAAUGAGACCCUAGCGAGGAUAGUGGAGCGACAUGACGAAGUAUCCACCAGGAUCGCGGCUUGGGAUGACUACAGAGAGAUCUACAUCGAACUGUUGAGAUGGCUCAAAGAAAUGGAACGUGAAAAAGAAAAGCUGCAACUCAGAUAUGUCCACAUUAAGAGAAUACAAAAAAUAUUGACCAAAGUUCAAAAUCUAUCUGACAAGAUACCUGAAGGUCGCAAACAGGCAGAAAAAUUAUCCAGUAAUCUCAAAACAAUAUUAGAAUUUACAGAAGAAACAUAUGGAGCUUCCGUAAGGAUGGAGUACGCGGGCAUCGUUAAGAGAGUUGACAACCUGAACGCUAGUUUAGACACGUGGCGAGACUUCCUCAUUCGCAUACUCGGGCUAGUCAGCGAAUACGAAAACCUCACUAAUGAUCUUCACAAACUAUACUCAAAGACUCAGGACGAAAUCAUAUCAUACUCAGACGAAGAUAGACUAUCGCGGCCACAACUGAAAAAGGUAAUAGAAAAAUAUACGGAAUUAAGGACUAAGGUUGACAAGACCGAAACUCAAAUUGAAGCACUCAGUGUCAUCCAAGAACAACUAAAGGAAUGUCUUAGUCCUCAGGACAUAAGGAUUGUCAACCAACGAGUGUGGCAACUGAGGCAGCAACGAGCGGAUUUGGAACAUCAAUUAACGAUUAUUAUCCACCGGCUGCGGGAGCGGCUGGAGAUCUACACGAUAUUCAACUCGCGGUUGCUUCGGUUCGCCGAGUGGCUUACCACACUCGAGGCGCGUCUCGAAACUUCUAGUCAGAACAGUGAUUUGGGAGCCCUCGACCCCCACGACCUUAUCAGACGAAUAACCUCGGAUGUCGAAGCGGAAACAUCUAUGAAAGAACGUGAAUUUGAAUGGCUUUCGGAAACUGGGAGCGUCCUCGUGGAUCUUUCUAAAAAGGAUGAGAAAGCUUUCAGUAAAACGACAAGCAAACAGCUUAGCGAGAUAAACGCUCGUUGGCACAAACUUCAGGAUAGCGGCCGAGCAAGGAUAUCCAAAAUUAGUGAGCUGCUCGAGACCAUCACGCAGUUGGAGGAACGUUUGACCACGAUCAGGCUAAAACUGCACACCAUCGAAUCUAACCUGACCACUACGAUCAUUGUCCAAGUAUUGACAACGAGAGCGGUUGACGAGAAAUUCCAAGAACGCGACGAGAUACACAAAAACAUUGAAACAGUCAGCGGGGAAGUCGGAGAAACUCUGAAUCUAUGCGAACUGGUAUUCAACGAUCCCGACGUCCUGAGAGGAAACUUCGACCUCCGCAACGUACGCACCGGCGUCGACAUCGUCGAGAAAAAAUGGAAGAACAUCUGCGACAUGUCCGAACAGCGCAAAAACACGCUGAAAGACAUCCGCAAAUCGGCCGAACUCGCAAACUCCCUGCUACCCAGGGUCGAAAAGAAACUAGACUCUGUCGAGAAGAGAGUCGAAAAAAUAGAGACCAGGAAGCAGAGAGGAGAAGGGGACGACGAAAGCGUAUCGAAGGUGGUGAUUAGAGAUCUGGAAGCGACGGAGGAGGACGUCAAGAGGCUGGAAGACGCGUACAGUCGGGUGGCUUCGGCACGCGGGGUGGAGCUGCGCGGAGACGCGGCGGACACGGCGGCGCGGCUGCGCUCGGCCGUGCGGCGCUGGCAACAGCUGCGCGGGCGCGUGGACGCGGCCGGCGUCGACGCGCACCGCCAGCUCGUGGCCGCGCACGGCCGCGCCGUCAUCGCGCUUGCCGAGGCCGACGUCAGGCUCACCAGGGCGCUACAUCUGGCUCCGACGCCCCUAGACAAGGACGCUACCAUCGCCGAACUGAUGGGUGUCGAGCAAGAGCUAGCGGAGUGCGGAGCUUUGGUACAGACAGCAGACCAACUGGCAGCAAACGUGUCGUCGGUGGCCGGUGUCAGCGACAUGGUGGCGGAGUACCACGCGCUCUACAACGACGUGCGCCAGCGGCUGGCCGCGGCGCGCGCCGACCUCGUCGGCGACGUCGACUCCGCUGUACAGGUGGACACCCUUAAAUGGGAGACGGACGCCGCUCUUCAAGUAGACACGCUGACUUCCAAGGAAACUUACCGCGCUGAGCUGACGUCAGCAGUGAAAGAGGCCUCGGACUGCCUAGAGGCCCUGAGAACAGCACUGCUGCAACAGCCCAAGGAAGACGCGGGAAGCGAUGAUUUGGCAACCGCUGCGAAAGAAAUCGCCAAGGCUGGCGCAAAGCCCAGCCAAAUACUAGAGUUGGCCAAACAUUUGUCCGAACUACUCUUGACGGAAUGCGACGCGACCGAAGAUGAAGCCAUGCUGAAAGAAGUCGAGUCUCUUUCGUUGAGAUACGAGGACCUUCUGGCGCAAGCGAAGAAGAGGGAACUCCAAAUCAAUAACCUAAGGUUGCCGCACUCGGCGUCAUACGCGCUUACGUGCGAACAUGAGAGCGGGCGCCUGACGUGCCCUCUAUGCUCCGAGCGCAACUGGAAGCAGCUGGACAACGACCUCUGGCGGCUGGAGCAGUGGCUGCAGUUCGCGGAGGCCACGGAGGAGGGCCGCGGCGACCCGCCCGACCAGUACGACCAGCUGGAGGACGCUAUACAGGACCAUCGUGAGUUCCUGCUGGACCUGGACUCGCACAAAUCCAUCGUGGUCUCCCUGAACGUGGUAGGCACGCACGUGGCCGCGCACGCGUCGGUGGCCGAGGACGCACAGCGCGUGCGCGCCCGCCUCGCCGCCGCCAACGCGCGCUGGGACCACGCCUGUGCGCGUGCCGGCGUGUGGCAGAAAAGGUUACAACGUGCGUUGGUGCACAACCAGCAGUUCCACGACAUCGUUGUGGAGCUAGUGGCGCGUCUAGCCGCGGCCGAGCGCGGUGUGCGCGCGCGCGAGCCGCUCCGCUUGUCGCGGCCGGCGGCCGAGCUGCAGCGCGACUUCCGGCGCUUCAGCGAGCUGCGCGACGAGCUGAGCCGCGCCGAGCCGCGCGUGCAUGCACUGCACGACGCCGCGCAGCUGCUGCGCAGCGGCGACGCGCCGCCCAACGCGGAUGAUAUCUGCCGAAGACUGGGCGAGCUGCGGCUGCGCCUGCAGUCGCUGCGCAAACUGUCGGGCGUGUACGCGCUGAAGCUGGGCGCCGCGCUGGCGCGCCAGCCGCGCGGCACGUCCGCGCUCGCCGCCGCCGUCGCCGCCUCCGCGCCCAUGCUAAUGGAGGAGGAGGAGGAACAAAUCUCUACACUGGAGCUGCCCCCCCUAGACGAGAACGAUGUGGUCGUAAGUGAAGACGACGAGGAGAUGUCACGGCUGCAGCGCAGCCUGCGGUUCGUGUGCCGCGUGGCGCGCGCGUCGCUGCCGUUCCAGGCGCUGCUGCUGCUGCUGCUGGGCGCCGCCGCGCUGGCGCCGCACGCCUCCUCCGACUGCAGCGCGCCCGGCCUGGCCGGCUCGCUCGAGCCCGUGCUCCGGUACCCCGACGGCCCGCCGCCGCUCUGAUCGCGAACAAGAACGACUCCCGCCCGUAGCCCGCUCCCGCCCCCGCCCCCGCCCCCGUCGCCGCGCGACCUUACUGCCGGUGCGGGUGCCGGUGCCGGUGCCGGCGUACAGAGGCCGGGCUGGCAUUUUUCCGUUUAGCCGGCGUAGCUGGCGACUUAUGAAAACUCAUGCGGGUCGCGAACUCGAAAAUGGCGGUUUUCGAGUUGGAGACCCGCUUCUAGUUUUCGUUUCUUCUGGCUCGGAUAUGCCGCCGCGCUCUGACCGGUUUCGUGGGAAACUCGGCGUGAGCGCCCCACAUUCCACUCGGUGCUCCGCCCGCCGCUUGUAAAUACCCUUUUGUAUAUUUGUUAUUUAAAAUUGAUGAGAGACAUCGGCGGGCGGGCGUCCCCGUUAUUAUUUAUAUAAAUUUGUAUCGAAGGCGACGGACCUGCUUCGCGCGUUGUUACUUAAAUCACUUUAGUUUGUAAGGACUGUGUACAAUAAAGUCAAAUAAAGCCUUUGCUAUUGAUUA